AUGGCAAGGCAGGUAAAGGUGACGAGGCAUCAGAAUAUAAUAAUAAGGUAUUUGUGGUAGAUAUUUACAUGAAGGUCCAGGGUAAAGUGAACUAGGCAUCAGAAGGAUAAUAAUAAGGUAUUUGAGGUAGAUAUGUACAUGAAGGGCAUGGGUAAAGUGACUAGGCAUCAGGAUAGAGGAGUAAUAAGGUAUUUGAGGUAGAUAUGUACAUGAAGGCAGGGUAAAGUGACUAGGCAUCAGGAUAGAUAAUAUAAGGUAUUUGAGGUAGAUAUGUACAUGAAGGCAGGGUUAAAGUGACUAGGCAUCAGGAACGGAUAAUAAUAAGGUAUUUGAGGUAGAUAUGUACAUGAAGGCAGGAUAAAGUGGACUAGGCAUCAGGAUAGAUAAUAAUAGGUAUUUGAGGUAGAUAUGUACAUGAAGGCAGGGUAAAGUGACUAGGCAUCAGGAUAGAUAAUAAUAAUAAGGUAUUUGAUGUAGAUAUGUACAUGAAGGCAGGGUAAAGUGACUAGGCGUCACGAUAGACAAUAAUAAGGUAUUUGAGGUAGAUAUGUACAUGAAGGCAGGGUAAAGUGACUAGGCAUCAGGAUAGAUAAUAAUAAUAAGGUAUUUGAGGUAGAUAUGUACAUGAAGGCAGGGUAAAGUGACUAGGCAUCAGGAUAGAUAAUAAUAAGGUAUUUGAGGUAGAUAUGUACAUGAAGGCAGGGUAAAGUGACUAGGCAUCAGGAUAUAUUAUAAUAAUAAGGUAUUUGAGGUAGAUAUGUACAUGAAGGCAGGGUAAAGUGACUAGGCAUCAGGAUAGAUAAUAAUACGAGUAAAAUUAAGAGAGGACCAGCAGCAUAUGAUGUGUGUGAAAGUGUUUGUGUGUGUGUGUGUGUGUGUGUGUAUGUAGUGUAUGUGAAUGUGUGUGGGUUUUCUGUGAGAGUGUCAGUGUAGCGUUAGUGUGUAUAUAGUGCAUACAUAUAGUAUUUUGAGUGUGCACAGAGUCAGUGCAAGAUAGGGUGAAUGCAGAUAGUCCGUGUAACCGUUAAUGAACUAUUUAGCAGUCUUAUGCCUUGGAGGUAGAAGCUGUCUCCGAGCCUGUUGGUCCGAGAGCCGAUGCUGCGGUACCAUUUGGGCGGCAGGUAGCUUAGUGGUUAAGAGCGUUGUGCCAGAAACCGAAAGGUCGCUGGCUCUAAUCCCCGAGUCGACUAGGUGAAAAAUCUGUCGAUGUGCCCUUGAGCAAGGCACUUAACCCUAAUUGCUCCUGUAAGUCUCUCUGGAUAAGAGCGUCUGCGAAAUGACUAAAAUGUAAAAAAUGUGUCUGGUUUUAAUCUCCUUGCACUUCCUCCUAUCUUGCUCUUUUUUGGAUUGUGUGUAAUUCAAACAUUUUUGACUUUAUGAUUAUUUUACACUUUAGUCAUUUAGCAGACACUCUUAUCCAGAGCGACUUACAGUUAGUGAGUGCAUACAUUAUUCAUACUGGCCCCCCCGUGGGAAUUGAACCCACAACCCUGGCGUUGCAAGCGCCAUGCUCUACCAACUGAGCUACAGGAGGCCCUGAAACAUGAAACAUGACAUAAUACAGAACAUUGAUACACAAGAACAGCUCAAGGACAGAACUACAUUAAUUUAAAAAUGGCACACAGCCUACAUAUCAAUACAUACACACAAAAUAUAUUGGUCAAAUAGGGGAGAGGCGUUGUGCCGUGAGGUGUUGCUUUAUCUGUUUUUUUAAACCAGGUUUGAUGUUCAUUUGAGCAAUAUGAGAUGGAGUUCCAUGCAAUGUUUUAUGCAUGUUUGAAGAAAGAAAAUGAUACUUUCUGUAUUAGUAUUAAGCAGCUUGUUGGGCCAUGAGGGGUAGGCUUAAUGGAUCAUGAUGAACGGAUAUCAAAAUUGUCAGGCAAAAUGACAUUCAAUGAUGAGACAACUGUUAAACCUCUAGUUACUGCUCACUGCUCAACAAUGCCUGCCAAUGAUCAGAUCAAAUCAAAUCAUUUCAAAUACUCCAGAAGUUAUCUAUCUCACCAAAAGAGAAGGGACCUAAUUCUGCACUAGACUGGACUUGAAACACCAAAUAAAUGUGUUUUCAACCUCUUCCGUUAGUGCUCCCAGUCCCUGUCAAGGUGUUGCACAACACUUGCUUAAGUGGUGUUAAAACACACCGUGUCAUGUUUCAGAACAUCUCGGGAUGAUGUGUUUCAAUACUCCAUUAAAAUUAAGGUUUCAUCUCCUUCAAGUUGGUGGCAGCUCAGUUGCCACUAGUUUUGGUGUUACAAAGCACUUCAUUUUAACAGUGUAGAAUAUAUGGAGAGAACGCUUCAGAAUAUUAGGGAUCAAUGAAAGAAAGCCAUGUAAAAACAUGUACAGUGAGGGAAAAAAGUAUUUGAUCCCCUGCUGAUUUUGUACGUUUGCCCACUGACAAAGACAUGAUCAGUCUAUAAUUUUAAUGGUAGGUUUAUUUGAACAGUGAGAGACAGAAUAACAACAAAAAAAUCCAGAAAAACGCUUGUCAAAAAUGUUAUAAAUAGAUUUGCAUUUUAAUGAUGGAAAUAAGUAUUUGACCCCCUCUCAAUCAGAAAGAUUUCUGGCUCCCAGGUGUCUUUUAUACAGGUAAUGAGCUGAGAUUAGGAGCACACUCUUAAAGGGAGUGCUCCUAAUCUCAGUUUUUUACCUGUAUAAAAGACACCUGUCCACAGAAGCAAUCAAUCAAUCAGAUUCCAAACUCUCCACCAUGGCCAAGACCAAAGAGCUCUCCAAGGAUGUCAGGGACAAGAUUGUAAACCUACACAAGGCCGGACUGGGCUACAAGACCAUCGCCAAGCAGCUUGGUGAGAAGGUGACAACAGUUGGUGCGAUUAAACGCAAAUGGAAGAAACACAAAAGACCUGUCAAUCUCCCUUGGCCUGGGGCUCCAUGCAAGAUCUCACCUCGUGGAGUUGCAAUGAUCAUGAGAACGGUGAGGAAUCAGCCCAGAACUACACGGGAGGAUCUUGUCAAUUAUCUCAAGGCAGCUGGGACCAUAGUCACCAAGAAAACAAUUUGUAACACACUACGCCGUGAAGGACUGAAAUCCUGCAGCGCCCGCAAGGUCCCCCUGCUCAAGAAAGCACAUAUACAGGCCCGUCUGAAGUUUGCCAAUGAACAUCUGAAUGAUUCAGAGGAGAACUGGGUGAAAGUGUUGUGGUCAGAUGAGACCAAAAUCGAGCUCUUUGGCAUCAACUCAAUUUACCGUGUUUGGAGGAGGAGGAAUGCUGCCUAUGACCCCAAGAACACCAUCCCCACCGUCAAACAUGGAGGUGGAAACAUUAUGCUUUGGGGGUGUUUUUCUGCUAAGGGGACAGGACAACUUCACCGCAUCAAAGGGACGAUGGACGGGGCCAUGUACCGUCAAAUCUUGGGUGAGAACCUCCUUCCCUCAGCCAGGGCAUUGAAAAUGGGUCGUGGAUGGGUAUUCCAGCAUGACAAUGACCCAAAACACACGGCCAAGGCAACAAAGGAGUGGCUCAAGAAGAAGCACAUUAAGGUCCUGGAGUGGCCUAGCCAGUCUCCAGACCUCAAUCCCAUAGAAGAUCUGUGGAGGGAGCUGAAGGUUCGAGUUGCCAAACGUCAGCCUCGAAACCUUAAUGACUUGGAGAAGAUCUGCAAAGAGGAGUGGGACAAAAUCUCUCCUGAGAUGUGUGCAAACCUGGUGGCCAACUACAAGAAAUGUCUGACCUCUGUGAUUGCCAACAAGGGUUUUGCCACCAAGUACUAAGUCAUGUUUUUCAGAGGGGUUAAAUACUUAUUUCCCUCAAUAAAAUGCAGAUCAAUUGAUAACAUUUUUGACAUGCGUUUUUCUGGAUUUUUUUGUUGUUAUUCUGUCUCUCACUGUUCAAAUAAACCAACCAUUAAAAUGAUAGACUGAUUAUUUCUUUGUCAGUGGGCAAACGUACAAAAUCAGCAGGGGAUCAGCACGGCGCUUUUUUUGUUGUUAUUCUGUCUCUCACUGUUCAAAUAAACCAACCAUUAAAAUGAUAGACUGAUCAUUUCUUUGUCAGUGGGCAAACGUACAAAAUCAGCUGGUAGAGCACGGCGCUUGUAACGCCAAGGUAGUGGGUUCGAUCCCCGGGACCACCCAUACACAAAAAAAAUGUAUGCACGCAUGACUGUAAGUCGCUUUGGAUAAAAGCGUCUGCUAAAUGGCAUAUUAUUAUUAUUAUUAUUAUUAUUAUUAUUAGGAGCCCCAUUAGCUGUUGCGAAAGCAGCAGCAACUCUUCCUGAGGUCCACACAAAACAUGAAACAUGACAUAAUACAGAACAUUGAUAGACAAGAACAGCUCAAGGACAGAACUACAUUAAUAAAAAAAUGGCACACAGCCUACAUAUCAAUACAUACACACAAAAUAUCUAGGUCAAAUAGGGGAGAGGCGUUGUGCCGUGAGGUGUUGCUUUAUCUGUUUUUUUUAAACCAGGUUUGCUGUUCAUUUGAGCAAUAUGAGAUGGAAGGGAGUUCCAUGCAAUAAUGGCUCUAUACAAUACUGUACGCUUUCUUGAAUUUGUUCUGGAUUUGGGGACUGUGAAAAGACCCCUGAUGGCAUGUCUGGUGGGGUAAGUGUGUGUGUCAGAGCUGUGUGUAAGUUGACUAUGCGAACAAUUUCAACAUAUUAAUGUUUCUUAUAAAAAGAAGAAGUGAUGCAGUCAGUCUCUCCUCAACUCUUAGCCAAGAGAGACUGGCAUGCAUAGUAUUUAUAUCAGCCCUCUGAUUACAAUGAAGAGCAAGAUGUGCCGCUCUGUUCUGGGCCAGCUGCAGCUUAACUAGGCCUUUCUUUACGCGCUUAGGGUUGGAAUUCCCUCCUAGGUGUAUUAAGCUAUAGGCUAACUGUAUAAAGCUACACUACAUGACCAAAAGUAUGUGGACACCUGCUUGUCGAACAGCUCAUUCCAAAAUCAUGGCCAUUAAUAUGGAGUUAGUCCCCCCUUUGCUGCUAUAACAGCCUCCACUCUUCUAGGAAGGGUUUCCACUAGAUGUUGGAACGUUGCUGCAGGGACUUGCUUCACUUCAGCCACAAGAGCAUUAGUGAGGUCGGGCACUGAUGUUGGGCGAUUAGGCCUGACUCGCAGUCGGCGUUCAAAUUCAUCCCAAAGGUGUUUGAUGGGGUUGAGGUCAGGGCUCUGUGCAGGCCAGUCAAGUUCUACCACACCAAUCUUGACAAACCAUUUCUGUAUGGACCUCGCUUUGUGCACGGGGGCAUUGUCAUGCUGAAACAGGAAAGGGCCUUCCCCAAACUGUUGCCACAAAGUUGGAAGCACAGAAUAAUCUAGAAUGUCAUUGUAUGCUGUAGCGUUAAGAUUUCCCUUCACUGGAACUAAGGAGCCUAGCCCGAACCAUGAAAAACAGCCCCAGACCAUUAUGCAUUGGGGCAGGUAGUGUUCUCCUGGCAUCCGCCAAACCCAGAUUCAUCUGUCGGACUGCCAGAUGGUGAAGCGUGAUUCAUCACUCCAGAGAAUGCAUUUCCACUCCACGUUGAAAGUCACUGAGCUCUUCAGUAAGACCAUUCUACUACCAAUGUUUCUCUAUGGAGAUCGCAUUGCUGUGUGCUCAAUUUUAUAUACCUGUCAGAAAUGGGUGUGGCUGAAAUAGCCAAAUCCACUAAUUUGAAGGGGUGUCCACAUACAGUGCCUUUGGAAAGUAUUCAGACCCUUUGACUUUUUCCACAUUUUGUUAGGUUACAGCCUUAUUUUAAAAUUGAUUAAAUUGUUUUUUUUCCCCUCAUCAAUCUACACACAAUACUCCAUAAUGACAAAGCAAAAUAUUAUGUUUGGCCAAUGUAUAAAUAAAUAAAAACUGAAAUAUCACAUUUCCAUAAGUAUUCAGACCCUUUACUCAGUACUUUGUUGAAGCACCUUUGGCAGCGAUUACAGCCUUGAGUCUUCUUGGGUAUGACGCUACAAGCUUGGCACACCUGAAUUUGGGGAGUUUCUCCCAUUACUCUCUGCAGAUCCUCUCAAGCUCUGUCAGGUUGGAUGGUGAGCGUCAUUGCACAGCUAUUUCAGGUCUCUCCAAAGAUGUUUGAUCGGGUUCAAGUACGGGCUCUGGCUGGGCCACUCAAGGACAUUCAGAGACUUGUCCCGAAGCCACUCCUGUGUUGUCUUGGCUGUGUGCUUAGGGUCGUUGUCUUGUUGGAAGGUGAACCUUCACCCCAGUCUGAGGUCCUGAGCGCUCUGGAGCAGGUUUUCAUCAAGGAUCUCUCUGUACUUUGCUCCAUUCACCUUUGCCUCGAUCCUGACUAGUCUCCCAGUCCCUGCUGCUGAAAAACAUCCCCACAGCAUGAUGCUGCCACCACCAUGCUUCACCGUAGGGAUGGUGCCAGGUUUCCUUCAGACGUGAUGCUUGGCAUUCAGGCCAAAGAGUUCAAUCUUGGUUUCAUCAGACCAUAGAAUCUUGUUUCUCAUGGUCUGAGAGUCUUUAGGUGCCUUUUGGCAAACUCCAAGCGGGCUGUCAUGUGCCUUUUACUGAGGAGUGGCUUCCGUCUGGUCACUCUACCAUAAAGGAUUGAUUGGUGAAGUGCUGCAGAGAUGGUUGUCCUUCUGGAAGGUUCUCCCAUCUCUAGUUCUGUCAGAGUGACCGUCAGGUUCUUGGUCACCUCCCUGACCAAGGCCCUUCUCCCUCGAUUGCUCAGUUUGGCCGGGCGGCCAGCUCUAGGAAGAGUCUUGGUGGUUCCAAACUUCUUCCAUUUAAGAAUGAUGGAGGCCACUAUGUUCUUGGGGACCUUCAAUGCUACAGAAAUGUUUUGCUACCCUUCCCCAGAUCUGUGCCUCGACACAAUCCUGUCUCGGAGCUCUACGGACAAUUCCUUCCACCUCAUGGCUUGUUUUUUUUAAUGAAUUUGCAAAAAUGUCUAAAAACCUGUUUUCGCUUUGUCAUUAUGGGUUAUUGUGUGUAGGUUGCUGAGUUUUUGUUGUUGUUUUAAUCCAUUUUAGAAUAAGUCUGUAACGUAACAAAAUGUGGAAAAAGUCAAGGGGUCUGAAUACUUUCCGAAGACACUGUACUUUUGUAUAUAUAGUUUAGAUUGGGGGUCAGUCUCUCAACAAUUCUGUCUUGUUCUUGGCUCUCUACCAUAUUUCUUUACUUGGAAAAUGGCCCUUUUUUUCUGCAUGUCUGGCAUUUGCACUGUAUUUCUUCUGUAGUUAUCAUAGCAAUGUUUUUGAAAGCUGUUUUAUGUUGAUGUUGCUUUACUCUUUUAAGGGAUGAUGGCAUUGCGUUAUUAACAUAACAAUAUAUUUUAUUUUAUCUUUAUUUAACAUGUAUUUAACUAGGCAAGUCAAUUAAGAACAAAUUCUUAUUUACAAUGACGGCCUACCAAGAGGCAAAAGGCCUCCUGCGGGGACGGGGGCUGGGAUGAAAAAUAAAAAUAUAGGACAAAACACACAUCACGACAAGAGAGACACCACAACACUACAUAAAGAGAGACACCACAACACUACAUAAAGAGAGACACCACAACACUACAUAAAGAGAGACACCACAACACUACAUAAAGAGAGACACCACAACACUACAUAAAGAGAGACACCACAACACUACAUAAAGAGAGACACCACAACACUACAUAAUGAGAGACCUAAAACAACACAGCAUGGCAGCAACACAUGACAACACAGCAUGGUAGCAACACAACAUGACAACAACACGGUAGCAACACAACAUGACAACACAGCAUGGUAGCAACACAUGACAACAACACGGUAGCAUCACAACAUGACAACACAGCAUGGUAGCAACACAACAUGACAACAACACGGUAGCAACACAACAUGACAACAACACGGUAGCAACACAACAUGACAACAACACGGUAGUAAAUGAAAACAUUUCUGUUUGUCGUAGUCCCUCCACUGUCCUGUUGAGGACUUUUAUCUUAUUCUCAUUACUGAAUUAGGGCGUUCAGGGUCUCCCAAGUGACGCAGCGGUCUAAGGCUACAGAUCCGGGUUCGAUCCCAGGCUGUGUCGCAAGCCGGAUGCGACCGGGAGACCCAUGAGGUGACACACAAUUGGCCCAGCGUCGUCCGGGUUAGGGGAGGGUUUGGCCGGCUACUUGUCCCAUCGCGCUCUAGCGACUCCUGCAGCGGGCCGGGCGUAUGCACGCUGACACGGUCGCCAAUUGUACGCGUUUCCUCCAACAUAUUGGUGCGGCUGGCUUCCAGGUUAAGCGAGCAGUGUGUCAAGAAGCAGUGCGGCUUGGCAGGGUCGUGUUUCGGAGAACGCACGGCUCUGGACCUUCGCCUCUCCUGAGAGUUAGAUGAACAUGACUCUAACUGGCAGCAGAAGGCUUUUACAGUAACCAAAACCAGCUGUGAUUUCCUAAUACAUCAAUGUGGCUUUGAUUGAAUUGAGCCAAAAGCAGUAUGCUAUGUAGGGAAUAUGGUGCCAUUUGGAAUGGUAUGUUUGGAUAUAGUACAUUAUUAGAUGUCCUUUAUUCCUGUCUCUUCCAGCUCUGCUUCACCAUGGCACAGUGGAUGCAGAUGAAACAGCUGAUCCCCUAUCUGGCCCCACAGAUCCUCAACCAGCUCUAUACCCCCUCCUUCCCCUUGGACGUGAGGUGCUACCUGGCCAACUGGAUCGAAGAACAGAGAUGGUAUGACGCACGCAAGCAAGCACAUACAAUGUGAACCCCCUCUCCCAUCACCCCACCCACCCUCUCUCCCACCCACCCACCCUCUCUCUCUCCUCCCCCCCCCCCCCCCCCCCCCCCUCCAGGGAGGACUUUGAGCCAGAGAAGGUAGACCAGGAGUCCCAGGCCGUGUCCCUGCUGGAUCAGAUAAUCUCCUGCCUACAGAGUCUGGCCGGGCAGAACCCCAACGUGGUGGAGAGGAUGAGGCUGCAGCACAUCUCCAAGAACAUGGUAGGCUACAGUACAGUAGGGAUAUAAUAGAGCCUAAAGGGAUACUCAAGCCUGUGUUGGUUCCUGUACAGGAGCAGUAUGCCUACUAUAGGGCAGGGGUGGGCAAACUACGGCCCAUUCAAUGUCGCACCCACCCCUGCUGUAGGACCAACCCAGGACUAGUAAAGGACCUAGCCAGGACUAGUACAGGGCCUAACCAGGACUAGUACAGGGCCUAACCAGGACUAGUACAGGGCCUAACCAGGACUAGUACAGGGCCUAACCAGGACUGGUACAGGGCCUACCCAGGACUAGUACAGGGCCUAACCAGGACUAGUACAGGGCCUAACUAGGACUAGUACAGGGCCUAACCAGGACUAGUACAGGGCCUACCCAGGACUGGUACAGGGCCUACCCAGGACUAAUACAGGGCCUAACCAGGACUGGUACAGGGCCUACCCAGGACUAGUACAGGGUCUAACCAGGACUAGUACAGGGCCUAACCAGGACUAGUACAGGGCCUACCCAGGACUAGUACAGGGCCUACCCAGGACUAGUACAGGGCCUACCCAGGACUAGUACAGGGCCUAACCAGGACUAGUACAGGGCCUAAUCAGGACUGGUACAGGGCCUACCCAGGACUGGUACAGGGCCUAACCAGGACUGGUACAGGGCCUAACCAGGACUGGUACAGGGCCUACCCAGGACUGGUACAGGGCCUACCCAGGACUGGUACAGGGCCUAACCAGGACUGGUACAGGGCCUACCCAGGAUUGGUACAGGGCCUACCCAGGAUUGGUACAGGGCCUACCCAGGACUGGUACAGGGCCUAACCAGGACUGGUACAGGGCCUAACCAGGACUGGUACAGGGCCUAACCAGGACUGGUACAGGGCCUACCCAGGACUGGUACAGGGCCUACCCAGGACUAGUACAGGGCCUACCCAGGACUAGUACAGGGCCUAACCAGGACUAGUACAGGGCCUACCCAGGACUGGUACAGUUGACCUACUCAAAGCUGGUACAGUUGGCCUACUGUAGGGAUACUCCUCAAGCCUACUGGUAGACUACAUAGGCCUACUCAGAGCCUACUAUUUAAAUUGCUGCUGGUUUUGGUAUGCAGGGCUCCCUUGAAAAGGAGACCUUGGUCUCAAUCGGACUCCCUGCUUAAAUUAAGGUUAGAUAAUACUCGUAGAAAUGUCCUACUCACUGUUUACUGUCAGUGGGUGCUGUAGGUGGGUGUGGUGCAGGAAUCAGGCGCAGGACGCAGAAAAUUAGUCCAAAAGACUUUAGUGAAAGCACACUCAAUACACGAGCCAAAAAGCCCGGAGGCGAGAAAAUACGCACACAGGCGUAAACCAAAAGGCGCACUAACAUGUGCGAAAAUACCCUCCUAAACAGAGGAGGAAAACCACGAAGAGCAAACGGGCAACAGUAGCGCACAAACACGACAGCGAAACAAUCACACACAACACCUGACAAACACAACGAGAACUUAUAGGACACAAAUUAGCGCUAAACGAAAACAGGUGUACAACAUAAAGACAAAACCAAACGAACAUAGAAACAUUCAACGGUGGCAGCUAGUACUCCGGAGACGACGACCGCCGAAGCCUGCCCGAGCAAGGAAGAGAGGCAGCCUCGGCCGAAACCGUGACAUUUACUUUACUUUAUUCCCACAGGGCAGUCAAAUACAGUAUAUUUAACUGGCAUGCAUGGUAUUAAUUAAGGUACACUGCAACAGAGAAACAAAAACAGUUUUCAGUACUGUGAGGGAACGUGUUAUCCUCAGUAAUAUUGUAAUCUACUAUGUUGUCUGGUGAUUGAUGGGAACUAUGCCUGUCUUCCAGAGUAUUUUCCCAGCCUCUCUAUCUCUCUCCUGCCUCUCCUUUCCUCCUUCCUCUCCUCUCCCUCCCUCUCUUCUCCUCUCCUUAUGUAUGGCCGUGUGGUUGAUGUGAGCAUUGACUGUGUUCCAGAGUAUAUUCCGCUCCCAGCCCCUACAGCUGGUGCUGACUGUCAGAGAUGUCCUGAGGAAGGAGAGGGAGCUGCUCAGCAGGGCGGUAAGUGUAACAGAGACUAUGCUUUAACUCAGCGGUCUAACACGGUCACUUCCCCCACCCACCCUCACUGCUCUAACAGUCUACUCUCUCCGUAGUCUACCCAGAUCCCCUCACUCCACUUUCUCCCGGCCCAAGCCCAGGACAGCAUAGCCCAGAUCCCCACCACCAGAGAAUACCUCUAAUACUCUGUCUUCUUCCUCCACAGUCUACCCAGAUCCCGGCCAUAGCCCACUUCUCUCAGGAUCCCAUGGCUGUAGCCCCCACCACCCGGGACGUGGACCUGCUGGUGCUAAAGGUGCUGGAUAUCCAGAACUGCAGACAGCAGAUCCAUCAGCUGCAGGAGGAGCUCAACUGGGAGAGGCAGAACUAUGAGUCCAUGCAGGGUGAGCAAUACCAAAUACACUUAUUACUAAGAAGGGGAACAAUGAGCAUUUCCCCAUAGCAAAACAUGUCAGACUUAACCGUAAUGCUAACACGAGUAGCGAAUAGCUACAUCAUUGAACCCACAACCUUGCCGUGGCUAGCGGCACAGUCUUACCAGUUGGAACCUAUACAAAUCUUGAAGGGAGCAACAGAAUCUAACAUGACAUAGGGUACUUUUUUUUAUCUGGGUAAAUGUUCUGACGAACUGGCCCAAGGCCAUAUCCCAUUCCAGAUUCAACACUGUCAAUUCUGGAGCAUGUAGCAGAGUUUAUAUGGAAUCACCAUGAAAUCAUCAGGGAAUCAAGAUUAGGUCAAUUCACAGGAAACUAAUGUUCCACUGUGUAAUUUAUGUAUUUUGCAGCCAAAGAUUGUCUCCAACCCUAACUUUUUAAUAGCUUUUUAAUAUCGCCCAGGAUACAUUGACUACAUUGUUGCCUGAUAAUAAUAAUAAUAAUAUGCCAUUUAGCAGACGCUUUUAUCCAAAGCGACUCACAGUCAUAGUUAAGUAGUACAUUCUUUAAGUUCUGAUGAUAGAAGAAACGCAACAUCCUACAAUACCUGAUUUGGCCAAAGUAGGUCACUGUCGACCUAAUCUCAGGGCCAUCUCAUCCAUUGGUGUCUUCAGUAACCUCCAAGACAGAUCAUCCCCUUAGCUACAGUCCUCUCACUUUGUUUCGAUGUGUCACUCAUGAACCUGCAUUACCUCACAAGUGUUUGUCGUCCAUUACCUUGCCACGUAGGUUCUGCAGGCUGAGCAUGUCUAACUGACCGUUAUAGACAACCAGGUGCUGCAGUUCGGGAGGCUGGUGAGCACGUAGGUGUUCAAAGCGCUCUUUAUUAUAAUAUUCAACGUCUCAUCUUUCAAAAUACAUAGUCCUCUUAAUCUACAGCCUUUCCCUCACUAAGACAACAAAAGCCCAAAAGUUACACAAUUAGCAGGAGGGAUGGGGGCAAACUUCUUGUUGUGCGCCGUUCUCAAGUUCAGAACGCCUGUCAGUCAAAACCUUAUACAGAGCUGUGAAGCGCAGAGCUCUGUCAUGUAUAGCAUGUUAGUGUACAGCCACUGCGUUCCAAUUUGGGUGUUUAGCAGUGCCCAAACCUGCCAUUUUCAAGCCGGGUAUGAGUAUAAAGGGCUACAGGACACAAUUAUGAUGCUAAAACUGAUUAGACUGCGCAGACUAAACAGAUGGCUUCUGUGUAUUGCCUUCAUGUGUACAUGACACCACAAAUACAGUUUACAAACAGGGAACACAAAAUGAAGACCUGCAAAAAUGAAAAAAAUUUCAGCGUCUCUUUUCAGUGUCUCUCUUACUUUAGCAGACAGAAAGUAAAGGAAAACAACAGGUUUUAGACUAACAGUGAAAUACUUACGGGCCCUUCCCAACAAUGCAGAAAAAAACAAGGAAUAAAUACACAAUGAGUAACGAUAACUUGGCUAUAUACACAGGGUAGCAGUACUGAGUCAAUGUGCAGGGGUACGAGGUAAUGGAGGUAGAUACUGUAUGUACUUAUAGGUAGGGGUAAAGUGACUAGGCAACAGGGUAGAUAGUAAACAGUAGCAGCAGUGUAUAUGAUGAGUCAAAAGAGAUUAGUGCAAAAAGGGUCAAUGCAGAUAUUCCGGGUAACUAUUGGCUAACUAUUUAACUAACUAUUUAACAUUCUUAUAGCUUGGGGGUAGAAGCUGUUCAGGGUCCUGUUGGUUCCAGACUUGGUGCAUCUGUACCGCUUGCUGUGCGGUAGCAGAGAGAACAUUCUAUGACUUGGGUGGCUGGAGUCUUUUUUUAGGGCCUUCCUCUGACACCGCCUGGUAUAGAGGUCCUGGAUGGCAGGGAGCUCGGCCCCAGUGAUGUACUGGGCCGUACGCACUACCCUCUGUAGUGCCUUGCGGUUGGAUGACAAACAGUUGCCAUACCAAGUGGUGAUGCAUCCAGUCAAGAUGCUCUCAAUGGUGCAGCUGUAUAACUUUAUGAGGAUCUGAGGGCCCAAGCCAAAUCCUUGUCGUGCCCUCUUCAUGACUGUUGAUGUGUGUGGACCAUGAUUGUUCCUUAGUGACACCGAGGCUCUUGAAGCUCUCGACCUGUUCCACAACAGCCCCAUCGAUGUGGAUGGGGGCAAGCACGGACCUCCGUUUCCUGUAGUCCGAGAUCAGUUCCUUUGUCUUGCUUACGUUGAGGGAGAGGUUUUUGUCCUGGCACCACACUGCCAGGUCUCUGACCUCCUCCCUGUAGGCUGUCUCGUCGUCGUCUGUGAUAAGGCCAACCACCGUUGUGUCGUCUGCAAAUUGAAUGAUGGUGUUGGAGUCAUGCGCGGCCACACAGUUGUUGGUGAACCGGUAGUACAGGAGGGGACUAAGUACGCACCACUGAGGGGCCCUCGUGUUGAGGGUCAGCAUGGUGAAGGUGUUGUUGCCUAGCCUCAUCACCUGGGGUUGACCCGUCAGGACGUCCAGGAUCCAGUUGCAGAGGGAGGUGUUUAGUCCCAGGGUCCUUAGCUUAGUGAUGAGCUUGAAGGGCACAAUGGUGUUGAACGCUGAGCUUUAGUCAGUUAACAGCAUUCUCACGUAGGUGUUCCUUUUGUCCAGGUGGGAAAGGGCAGUGGUGUGGAGUGCAAUAGACAUUGUGUCAUCUGUGGAUCUGUUGGGGCGGUAUGCGAAUUGGAGUGGGUCCAGGGUGUCUGGGAUGAUGGCGUUGAUGUGAGCCAUGAUCAGCCAUGAUCAGCCUUUCAAAGCAUUUCAUGGCUAUAGAUGUGAGUGCUACGGGGCGAUAGUCAUUUAGACAGGCUACCUUGGCGUUCUUGGGCACAGAGCUGAUCUAGGAUCACGUCCCCCCAUCCAUGUAAUCUUAUAAAUGCUAAUCUAAAAGGGAAACUGAUCCUAGAUCACUAGCACUCCUAUUUUGAGACAGUUUGUGAAUACAGGCCCAGAGCUCAUGGCGGACAUUGUGUUCUGUGUCUGGUUGAAAUUAUGCCCAGUGAGCAGUGUUUUCCUCCAAGGCCCUCCGAUAGACUAGCUUCCUGUUCAGGGGGUGUACUUGUACAGCUGGGCUCACUGUGAUAGACUAGCUUUCUGUUCAGGGGGUGUACUUGUACAGCUGGGCUCACUGCGAUAGACUAGCUUCCUGUUCAGGGGGUGUACUUGUACAGCUGGGCUCACGCUACAGAAACAAGAGAUACAGGCUUCUGGCCAACGGGCCAUUUUGGCUCGGACAAGGCCCCAUAAAGAUACAAUAUAACACAUGAUUGUAAAUAAAUAUUGUAUUUAAUUGGGUGACAGGCCCCCUCCAGCCGACCCAGACCAAUGGGAUGGACCCCAGCAUGUCAGAAGUCACCAAACUGCAGACUAACAUCAACCAGCAUGAGUAUAAUGGCCAAGUCAUAGCCAAGGUAAGCCAUUACGUAACAUACACAAUUGUUGUUCUCACGUGUGUGCUAGCCUGCUGUUGUUAAAUCUGUCACAAAAGACUAUACCUGAAGUUGUCCAAUUAGAACACAGAUUUCCAUUGCAAAACAUUGUGCGCCCUUGGUGGCAGGUAGCCUAACGGUUAGAGGAUUGGGUCAGUAAUUGAAAGGUUGCUGGUUUGAAUACCUGAGCUGACAAGGUCAAAAAGAUUGUCCAUACGUGUAUUGUAAGUGUCUCUCUAUGGUUGGAGGGUCUUAACUAUGUCUGUCUGUCUGUCUAUGGCUGGAGGGUCUUAACUAUGUCUGUCUGUCUGUCUGUCUAUGGCCAGAGGGUCUUAACUAUGUCUGUCUGUCUGUCUAUGGCCGGAGGGUCUUAACUAUGUUUGUCUGUCUGUCUAUGGCCGGAGGGUCUUAACUAUGUCUGUCUGUCUGUCUAUGGCCGGAGGGUCUUAACUAUGUCUGUCUGUCUGUCUAUGGCCAGAGGGUCUUAACUAUGUCUGUCUGUCUGUCUAUGGCCGGAGGGUCUUAACUAUGUUUGUCUCUCUGUCUAUGGACCGGAGGGUCUUAAACUAUGUUUGUCUGUCUGUCUAUGGCCGGAGGGUCCUUAACUAUGUCUGUCUGUCUCUCUAUGGCCGGAGGGUCUUAACUAUGUUUGUCUGUCGUACUAUGGCCGGAGGGUCUUAACAUGUCCUGUCGUCUCUCUAUGGCCGGAGGGUUCUUAACUAUGUUUGUCUGUCUGUCUAUGGCCGGAGGUCUUAACUAUGUUUGUCUGUCUGUCUAUGGCCGGAGGGUCUUAACUAUGUCUGUCUGUCUGUCUAUGGCCGGAGGGUCUUAACUAUGUCUGUCUGUCUGUCUAUGGCCAGGAGGGGUCUUAACUAUGUCUGUCUGUCUGUCUAUGGCCGGAGGUCUUAACUAUGUUUGUCUGUCUGUCUAUGGCCGGAGGGUCUUAACUAUGUUUGUCUGUCUGUCUAUGGCUGGAGGGUCUUAACUAUGUCUGUCUGUCUGUCUAUGGCCGGAGGGUUUUAACUAUGUUCUGUCUGUCUGUCUAUGGCUGGAGGGUCUUAACUAUGUUUGUCUGUCUGUUAUGGCCGGAGGGUCUAACAGGUCUGUCUGUCUGUCUAUGGGCGGAGGGUCUAAUAUGUUUGUCUGCUGUCUAUGGCCGGAGGGUCUUAACUAUGUUGUCUGUCUGUCUAUGGCCGGAGGUCUUAACUAGUCUGUCUGUCUGCUAUGGCCGAGGGUCUUAACUAUGUUUGCUGUCUGUCUAUGGCCGGAGGGUCUUAACUAUGUUUGUCUGUCUCUAUGCUGGAGGGUCUUAACUAUGUUUUUCUGUCUGUUAUGGCCGGAGGGUCUUAACUAUGUUUGUCUGUCUCUCUAUGGCCGGAGGUUACAGUGGAGAGGUUUCUUCUGUCUGAUGAGCCGGAGGGUCUUAACUAUGUCUGUCUGUCUGUCUAUGGCCGAGGGUCUUAACUAGUCUGUCUGUCUGUCUAUGGCCGGAGGGUCUUAACUAUGUCUGUCUGUCUGUCUAUGGCCUGAGGGUCUUAACUAUGUCUGUCUGUCUGUCUAUGGCCGGAGGGUCUUAACUAUGUCUGUCUGUCUGUCUAUGGCCGGAGGGUCUUAACUAUGUUUGUCUGUCUGUCUAUGGCCGGAGGGUCUUAACUAUGUCUGUCUGUCUGUCUAUGGCCGGAGGGUCUUAACUAUGUCUGUCUGUCUGUCUAUGGCCGGAGGGUCUUAACUAUGUUGUCUGUCUGUCUAUGGCCGGAGGGUCUUAACUAUGUUUGUCUGUCUGUCUAUGGCCGGAGGGUCUUAACUAUGUUUGUCUGUCUGUCUAUGGCCGGAGGGUCUUAACUAUGUUUGUCUGUCUGUCUAUGGCCGGAGGGUCUUAACUAUGUUUGUCUGUCUGUCUAUGGCCGGAGGGUCUUAACUAUGUUUGUCUGUCUGUCUAUGGCCGGAGGGUCUUAACUAUGUUUGUCUGUCUGCUCUAUGGCCGGAGGGUCUUAACUAUGUUUGUCUGUCUGUCUAUGGCCGAGGGUCUUAACUAUGUUUGUCUGUCUGUCUAUGGCCGGAGGGUCUUAACUAUGUUGUCUGUCUCUCUAUGGCCGGAGGGUCUUAACUAUGUUUGUCUGUCUGUCUAUGGCCGGAGGGUCUUAACUAUGUUUGUCUGUCUGUCUAUGGCCAGAGGGUCUUAACUAUGUUUGUCUGUCUGUCUAUGGCCGGAGGGUCUUAACUAUGUUUGUCUGUCUGUCUAUGGCCGGAGGGUCUUAACUAUGUUGUCUGUCUGUCUAUGGCCGGAGGGUCUUAACUAUGUUUGUCUGUCUGUCUAUGGCCGGAGGGUCUUAACUAUGUUUGUCUGUCUGUCUAUGGCGGGGGUCUUAACUAUGUCUGUUCGUUUGUCUGUCUAUGGCCGGAGGGUCUUAACUAUGUUUGUCUGUCUGUUUAUGGCCGGAGGGUCUAAAUCAGGGAUGGGCAACCUUGUUGGGGGUGGGGGCCACAAAAAAUCUGAACUCAUAAUGCAUACCCACAUCCAUACAGAGCUGACCCUAGCCUUUUGGCCCCCUCCCCAAACAGUAGGAACUGUUUGCCUCUCUAAGGCCGGUGUUUUCCUGUACUGUAUGAAUUGUUCGCCUUUCUCUGCAUAACUCUCUCUCUACAAACUCAACUGUGUGUGUGUGCGUGCGUGUGUGCGUGCGUGCGUGUGUGCGUGUGUGUGUGCGUGCUUUUGUAGAAGCGUAUACAGCUGCUCCAGGAGGCAGUGACCAGUCUGGAGAAGUGUCAGUCUCAUCUGAUCAGCAGGAUCAAAGCCUGGAGGUGGGAACAGCAUCAAGCUACUAUAGGACACCCCUUUGAUGACAACCUUAGCCCUCUGCAGACAUGGUGAGGCCGGUGUGUGUGUGUGUGUCAUGGUGAGGCAUGGUGAGACCCUCUGCAGACAUGGUGAGGCCCUCUGCAGCAGCACAGAGAAACAGUCUGGUUUGGGAUAUUACAUCCUGGUAUUAUGUCCUGGUAUUAUGUCCUGGUAUUACUUCCUGGUGUUACUUCCUGGUAUUAUGUCCUAGUAUUAUGACCUGGUAUUAUGUCCUGAUAUUACAGUGGGGGAAAAAAGUAUUUAGUCAGCCACCAAAAGUUCUCCCACUUAAAAAGAUGAGAGAGGCCUGUAACUUUCAUCAUAGGUACACGUCAACUAUGACAGACAAAAUGAGAAGAAAAAAAUCCAGAAAAUUACAUUGUAGGAAUUUUAAUGAAUUUAUUUGCAAAUUAUGGUGGAAAAUAAGUAUUUGGUCAAUAACAAAAGUUUCUCAAUACUUUGUUAUAUACCCUUUGUUGGCAAUGACACAGGUCAAACGUUUUCUGUAAGUCUUCACAAGGUUUUCACACACUGUUGCUGGUAUUUUGGCCCAUUCCUCCAUGCAGAUCUCCUCUAGAGCAGUGAUGUUUUGGGGCUGUCGCUGGGCAACACAGACUUUCAACUCCCUCCAAAGAUUUUCUAUGGGGUUGAGAUCUGGAGACUGGAUAGGCCACUCCAGGACCUUGAAAUGCUUCUUACGAAGCCACUCCUUCAUUGCCCGGGCGGUGUGUUUGGGAUCAUUGUCAUGCUGAAAGACCCAGCCACGUUUCAUCUUCAAUGCCCUUGCUGAUGGAAGGAGGUUUUCACUCAAAAUCUCACGAUACAUGGCCCCAUUCAUUCUUUCCUUUACACGGAUCAGUCGUCCUGGUCCCUUUGCAGAAAAACAGCCCCAAAGCAUGAUGUUUCCACCCCCAUGCCUCACAGUAGGUAUGGUGUUCUUUGGAUGCAACUCAGCAUUCUUUGUCCUCCAAACACGACGAGUUGAGUUUUUACCAAAAAGUUAUAAUUUGGUUUCAUCUGACCAUAUGACAUUCUCCCAAUCCUCUUCUGGAUCAUCCAAAUGCACUCUAGCAAACUUCAGACUGGCCUGGACAUGUACUGGCUUAAGCAGGGGGACACGUCUGGCACUGCAGGAUUUGAGUCCCUGGCGGCGUAGUGUGUUACUGAUGGUUGGCUUUGUUACUUUGGUCCCAGCUCGCUGCAGGUCAUUCACUAGGUCCUCCCAUGUGCUUCUGGGAUUUUUGCUCACCGUUCUUGUGAUCAUUUUGACCCCACGGGGUGAGAUCUUGCGUGGAGCCCCAGAUCGAGGGAGAUUAUCAGUGGUCUUGUAUGUCUUCCAUUUCCUAAUAAUUGCUCCCACAGUUGAUUUCUUCAAACCAAGCUGCUUACCUAUUGCAGAUUCAGUCUUCCCAGCCUGGUGCAGGUCUACAAUUAUGUUUCUGGUGUCCUUUGACAGCUCUUUGGUCUUGGCCAUAGUGGAGUUUGGAGUGUGACUGUUUGAGGUUGUGGACAGGUGUCUUUUAUACUGAUAACAUGUUCAAACAGGUGCCAUUAAUACAGGUAACGAGUGGAGGACAGAGGAGCCUCUUAAAGAAGAAGUUACAGGUCUGUGAGAGCCAGAAAUCUUGCUUGUUUGUAGGUGACCUUUUUUAAAAAGCUUUUUUGGUUUCGGGGUUUUUCUUUUUUUUGGAGGCCAAAAAACAUCUUUCCUUUUUUGGGGUUGCCCAAAUACUUUUUUUCCCCAUAUUUUUGCCAAAUUUUUUAAAAUUUUUUUCCCUGAAUUUUCCUAAAUGUGAUUUUCCGGAUUUUUUUUCUUUUAAAUUUUUCUUUUUAGUUGGGAAGGUACUUUUUUGAGGGAAAAUUACCGGACCCCCUUAUUUUUUUAAUUUGGGAUUUGCCCUUUUUGGUCGGGAUAUCUUUUUUUCCCCAAUUUUUCCGGUUUAGGGUCCUUUUUAUGUCCGGGUUUUAUGUUGGUUUAUGCCGGGGAUAGUCCGGGUUUUAUCCGGGUAUUAUGCCCUGGUUUUACGUAUGGGGGGUUUAGCCUGGUUUAAUCGGUUUUUUACGUCCUGGUAUUAGGUCCUGAAAAAUUUUUAUGCCCGGGUUUUUGUUGGUUUACGUCUGGUUUUAUCCCCGGUAUUACGUAGUCCUGUAUUAUGUCCUGGUAUUGUGUCCUGGUAUUACGUCCUGGUAUUAUGUCUGAGUAUUAUGUCCUGGUAUUUGACCUGGUAUUACGUCCUGGUAUUACGUCCUGGUAUUAUGACCUGGUAUUAUGUCCAGGUAUUAUGUCCUGGUAUUAUGACCUGGUAUUACGUCCUGGUAUUAUGACCUGGUAUUACAGUAUGUCCUGGUAUUAUGUCCUGGCAUUAUGUCCUGAUAUGUCCUGAUAUUAUGUCCUGAUGUUAUGGCCUGGUAUUAUGUCCUGGUGUUAUGUCUUGAUAUUAUGUCCUGGUAUUAUGUCCUGGUAUUAUGUCCUGGUAUUAUGGCCUAGUAUUAUGACCUGGUAUUAUGUCCAGGUAUUAUGACCUGAUAUUAUGGCCUGAUAUGUCCUGGUAUUAUGUCCUAGGAUUAUGUCCUGGUAUCCUUUGACAGCUCUUUGGUCUUGGCCAUAGUGGAGUUUGGAGUGUGACUGUUUGAGGUUGUGGACAGGUGUCUUUUAUACUGAUAACAUGUUCAAACAGGUGCCAUUAAUACAGGUAACGAGUGGAGGACAGAGGAGCCUCUUAAAGAAGUUGUUACAGGUCUGUGAGAGCCAGAAAUCUUGCUUGUGUGUAGGUGACCAAAUACUUAUUUUCCACCAUAAUUUGCAAAUAAAUUCAUUAAAAAUCCUACAAUGUGAAUUUCUGGAUAAUUUUUUCUCAAUUUGUCUGUCAUAGUUGACGUGUACCUAUGAUGAAAAUUACAGGCCUCUCUCAUCUUUUUAAGUGGGAGAACAUGCACAAUUGGUGGCUGACUAAAUACUUUUUUUCCCCACUGUAUGUCCAAGGAUUAUGUCCUGGUAUUGUUCUGGUAUUACAGUAUGUCCUGGUAUUGUGUCCUGAUAUGUCCUGGUAUUAUGUCCUGGUAUUAUGUCCUGGUAUUACGUCCUGGUGUUUUACGUACUGGUAUUACGUCCUGGUAUUACGUACUAGUAUUAUGACCUGGUAUUAUCACCUGGUAUUAUGUCCUGGUAUUAUGACCUGGUAUUAUGUCCUGGUAUUACAGUAUGUCCUGGUAUUAUGUCCUGGCAUUAUGUCCUGGUUUUGUGUGCUGGUAUUAUGUCCUGGUUAUUACAGUAUGUCCUGGUAUUGUGUCCUGAUAUGUCCUGGUAUUAUGUCCUGAUAUGUCCUGUUAUUAUGUCCUGGUCUUAUGUCCUGGUAUUACGUCCUGGUGUUUUAUGUCCUGGUAUUACUUCCUGGUAUUACGUCCUGGUAUUAUGUCCUGGUUUUAUGUCCUGGUAUUAUGACCUGGGAUUACCUCCUGGUAUUAUGACCUGGUAUUAUGUCCUGGUAUUACAGUAUGUCCUGGUAUUAUGUCCUGGCAUUAUGUCCUGAUAUGUACUGGUAUUGUGUCCAGGUAUUACAGUAUGUCCUGGUUUUAUGUCCUGGUAUUGUGUCCUGGUAUUACGUCCUGGUAUUAUGUCCUAGUAUUAUGACCUGGUAUUAUGUCCUGGUUUUAUGUCCUGGUUUUAUGUCCUGGUAUUAUGACCUGGGAUUACGUCCUGCUAUUAUGACCUGGUAUUAUGUCCUGGUAUUAUGUCCUGGUAUUACAGUAUGUCCUGGUCUUAUGUCCUGGUAUUACAUCCUGGUGUUUUACCUCCUGGUAUUAUGUCCUAGUAUUAUGACCUGGUAUUAUGUCCGAGUAUUAUGUCCUGGUAUUAUGACCUGGUAUUACGUCCUGGUAUUAUGACCUGGUAUUAUGUCCAGGUAUUAUGUCCUGGUAUUAUGACCUGGUAUUAUGACCUGGUAUUACGUCCUGGUAUUAUGACCUGGUAUUACAGUAUGUCCUGGUAUUAUGUCCUGGCAUUAUGUCCUGAUAUUAUGUCCUGAUGUUAUGGCCUGGUAUUAUGUCCUGGUGUUAUGUCUUAAUAUUAUGUCCUGGUAUUAUGUCCUGAUAUGUCCUGGUAUUAUGUCCUGGUAUUAUGGCCUAGUAUUAUGACCUGGUAUUAUGUCCAGGUAUUAUGACCUGAUAUUAUGGCCUGAUAUGUCCUGGUAUUAUGUCCUAGGAUUAUGUCCUGGUAUUGUCCUGGUAUUAUGUCCUGGUAUUACAGUAUGUCCUGGUAUUGUGUCCUGAUAUGUCCUGGUAUUAUGUCCUGGUAUUACGUCCUGGUAUUAUGUCCUAGUAUUGUGAUCUAGUAUUAUGUCCGGGUUUUAUGUCCUGGUUUUAUCUCUUGGUAUUAUGACCUGGUAUUAUGACCUGGUAUUACAUCCUGGUAUUAUGACCUGGGAUUUUUUCCUGGUAUUAUGUCCUGGUAUUACAGUAUGUCCUGAUAUUAUGUCCUGGUAUUAUGUCCUGAUAUUAAUUCCUGGUAUUAUGUCCUGAUAUUAAGUCCUGGUAUUAUGUCCUAGUAUUAUGACCUGGUAUUAUGGCCUGAUAUGUCCUGGUAUUACAUUAUGUCCUGGUAUUAUGUCCUGGUAAUAUGUCCUGGUAUUACGUCCUGGUAUUUUAUGUCCUGGUAUUUUACGUCCUGGUAUUACUUCCUGGUAUUAUGUCCUGGUAUUAUGUCCUGGUCUUAUGUCCUGGUAUUAUGACCUGGUAUUAUGUCCAGGUAUUACAGUAUGUCCUGGUAUUAUGUCCUGGCAUUAUGUCCUGAUAUAUCCUGGUAUUAUGUCCUGGUAUUACAGUAUGUCCUGAUAUUAUGUCCUGGUGUUAUGUCCUGGCAUUAUGUCCUGAUAUAUCCUGGUAUUAUGUCCUGGUAUUGUGUCCUGGUAUUACAGUAUGUCCUGGUAUUAUGUCCUGGUAUUUUAAAGCUAAAGCCAAAGGGUAAACACAUACAAAUGAAGACUUAAGUUUCAGAUUGUUUAAGCAAAUGCUCAGUCCACCCGUAUCGUGUUUGCAUAUUAGAGCCUUUGCAAACUGUCUGUAAAGGUUAAUUGUGAAUGACUGGUUUGUCCUAUCACUUAUACAUUUACAUUUUAAUCAUUUAGCAGACGCUCUUAUCCAGAGCGACUUACAGUUAGUAAGUGCAUAAAUCAUAAUUUUUUUCAUACUGGCCCCCCGUGGGAAUCGAACCCACAACCUUGGCGUUGCAAGCGCCAUGCUCUACCAACUGAGCUACACGGGACUAUGACACACAUAAAUAUUUGUCAAUGUUUGCAGAUGUAUGAUUUGAAGUGUGAACAUACCUUCUGACAUUUAUCCCCCCCCAUCCUCCACCUCCCUCUCUCUCACUCCCUCCCUCCCUCCCUCUCUCUCUCCAUCUUUCCCUCCUCUCUCUCUACCUACCCAUCUCAAUUCAAUUCAAAGGGAUUUAUUGGCAUGGGAAACAGGUUUACAUUGCCAAAGCAAGUGAAAUAGAUAAUAAACAAAAGUGAAAUAAUCAAUCAAAAAUGAAGAGUAAACAUCACUCACAAGUUUCAAAGGAAUAGACACAUUUCAAAUGUCAUAUUAAGGCUACAGUGGCUUGCGAAUGUAUUCACCCCCCUUGGCAUUUUUCCUAUUUUGUUGCCUUACAACCUGGAAUUAAAAUGGAUUUUUUGUGGGUUUGUAUCAUUUGAUUUACACAACAUGCCUACCAAUUUGAAAAUGCAAAAUAUUUUUGGGGUGAAACAAACAAAUAAGACAAAAAAAAAGAACUUGAGCGGGCAUAACUAUUCACCCCCCUCAAAAGUCAAUACUUUGUAGAGCCACCUUUUGCAGCAAUUACAACUGCAAGUCUCUUGGGGUAUGUCUCUAUAAGCUUGGCACAUCUAGCCACUGGGAUCUUUGCCCAUUCUUCAAGGCAAAACUGCUCCAGCUCCUUCAAGUUGGAUGGGUUCCUCUGGUGUACAGCAAUCUUUAAGUCAUACCACAGAUUCUCAAUUGGAUUGAGGUCUGGGCUUUGACUAGGCCAUUCCAAGACAUUUAAAUGUUUCCCCUUAAACCACUCAAGUGUUGCUUUAGCAGUAUGCUUAGGGUCAUUGUCCUGUUGGAAGGUGAACCUCCGUCCCAGUCUCAAAUCUCUGGAAGACUGAAACAGGCUUCCCUCAAGAAUUUCCCUGUAUUUAGCGCCAUCCAUCAUUCCUUCAAUUCUGACCAGUUUUUCCAGUCUCUGCCGAUGAAAAACAUCCCCACAGCAUGAUGCUGCCACCACCAUGCUUCACUGUGGGGAUGGCGUUCUCGUGGUGAUGAGAGGUGUUGGGUUUGCGCCAGAUAUAGCGUUUUCCUUGAUAGCCAAUAAGCUCAAUUUUAGUCACAUCUGACCAGAGUACCUUCUUCCAUAUGUUUGGGGAGUCUCCCACAUGCCUUUUGGCGAACACCAAACGUGUUUGCUUAUUUUUUUCUUUAAGCAAUGGCUUUUUUCUGGCCACUCUUCCGUAAAGCCCAGCUCUGUGGAGUGUACGGCUUAAAGUGGUCCUAUGGACAGAUACUCCAAUCUCCGCUGUGGAGCUUUGCAGCUCUUUCAGGGUUAUCUUUGGUCUCUUUGUUGCCUCUUUGAUUAAUGCCCUCCUUGCCUGGUCCGUGAGUUUUGGUGGGCGGCCCUCUCUUGGCAGGUUUGUUGUGGUGCCAUAUUCUUUCCAUUUUUUUAUAAUGGAUUUAAUGGUGCUCCGUGGGAUAUUCAAAGUUUCCGAUAUUUUUUUAUAACCUAACCCUGAUCUGUACUUCUCCACAACUUUGUCCCUGACCUGUUUGGAGAGCUCAUUGGUCUUCAUGGUGCCGCUUGCUUGGUGGUGCCCCUUGCUUAGUGGUGUUGCAGACUCUGGGGCCUUUCAGAACAGGUGUAUAUAUACUGAGAUCAUGUGACAGAUCAUGUGACACUUAGAUUGCACACAGGUGGACUUUAUUUAACUAAUUAUGUGACUUCUGAAGGUAAUUGGUUGCACCAGUUAUUUUUUUCAUUCCACUUCACCAAUUUGGACUAGUUUGUGUAUGUCCAUUACAUGAUAUCCAAAUAAAAAUCAAUUUAAAUUACAGUUUGUAAUGCAACAAAAUAGGAAAAACGCCAAAGGGGAUUAAUACUUUUGCAAGACACUGUAUGUACAGUCUUAUAAUGAUGUGCAAAUAGUUAAAGUACAAAAGGGAAAAUAUAUAAACAUAAAUAUGGGUUGUAUUUACAAUGGUGUUUGUUCUUCACUGGUUGCCAUUUUCUUGUGGCAACAGGUCACACAUCUUGCUGCUGUGAUGGCACACUGUGGUAUUUCACCCAAUAUAUAUAUGGGAGUUUAUCAAAUGUGGAUUUAUUUUGGAAUUCUUGUGGGUCUGUGUAAUCUAAGGCAAAUAUGUGUCUCUAAAUGGUCAUACAUUUGGCAGGAGGUUAGGAAGUGCAGCUCAGUUUCCACCUCAUUUUGUGGGCAGUGUGCACAAAGCCUGUCUUCUCUUGAGAGCCAGGUCGGCCUACGGCGGCCUAUCUCAAUAGCAAGGCCAUACUCACUGUACAUAGUCAAAGCUUUCCUUAAUUUUGGGUCAGUCACAGUGGUCAGGUAUUCUGCAACUGUAUACUCUCUGUUUAUGUUUGGGAAUCGCUUCCUUUUAGGUGGUUGUAACGGCUCUUUUCUGGAUUUGGAUAAUUAGCGGUUAUCGGCCUAAUUCUGCUCUGCAUACAUUAUUUGGUGUUUUACAUUGUACACGGAGGAUGUUUUUGCAAAAUUCUGCAUGCAGAGUCUCAAUUUGGUGUUUGUCCCAUUUUGUGAAUUAUUGGAUGGUGAGCGGACCCCAGACCUCACAACUAUAAAGGGCAAUUGGUUCUAUAACUGAUUCAAGUAUGUUUUGCCUAAUUGGGAUGUCGAAUUUGAUGUUCCUUCUGAUGGCGUAGAAGGCCCUUCUUGCCUUGUCUCUCAGGUCGUUCACAGUUUUAUGGAAGUUACCUGUGGUGCUGAUGUUUAGGCCGAGGUAGGUAUAGUUUUUUGUGUGCUCUAGGGCAACGGUGUCUAGAUGGAAUUUGUAUUCGUGGUCCUGGCAACUGGACUUUUUUUGGAACACCAUUAUUUUUAUCUUACUGAGAUUUAGUGUCAGGGCCCAGGUCUGAAAUAAUUUGUGCAGAAGAUCUAGGUGCUGCUGUAGGCUCUCCUUGGUUGGGGACAGAAGCACCAGAUCAUCAGCAAACAGUAGACAUUUGACUUCAGAUUCUAGUAGGGUGAUGCAGGUGCUGCAGAUGGUUCUAGUGCCGUCGCCAAUUCGUUGAUACAGUGCAUUCGGAAAGUAUUCAGACCCCUUGACUUUUUCAACAUUUUAUUACAUUACAGCCUUAUUCUAAAAAUGAUUACAUUAAUUGUUUUCCUCAUCAAUCUACACACAAUACCCCAUAAUGACAAAGCAAAAACAGGUUUUUAGAAAUGUUUGGCAAAUGUAUUAAAAAUAAAAAACCGAAAUGCCUUAGUAUUCAGUCCCUUUGCUAUGAGACUCGAAAUUGAGCUCAAGUGCAUCCUGUUUCCAUUGAUCAUCCUUGAGAUGUUUCUACAACUGAUUGGAGUCCACCUGUGGUAAAUUCAAUUGAUUGGACAUGAUUUGGAAAGGCACAUACCUGUCUAUGCAGUGAGGGAAAAAAGUAUUUGAUCCCCAGCUGAUUUUGUACGUUUGCCAAAGACGUGACAAAGACAUGAUCAGUCUAUAAUUUUAAUGGUAGGUUUAUUUAAACAGUGAGAGACAGAAUAACAACAAAACAAAUCCAGAUAAAUGCAUGUCAAAAAUGUUAUAAAUUGAUUUGCAUUUUAAUGAGGGAAAUAAGUAUUUGACCCCUCUGCAAAACAUGACUUAGUUCUUGGUGGCAAAACCCUUGUUGGCAAUCACAGAGGUCAGACGUUUCUUGUAGUUGGCCACCAGGUUUGCACACAUCUCAGGAGGGAUUUUGUUCCACUCCUCUUUGCAGAUCUUCUCCAAGUCAUUAAGGUUUCGAGGCUGACGUUUGGCAACUCGAACCUUCAGCUCCCUCCACAGAUUUUCUAUGGGAUUAAGGUCUGGAGACUGGCUAGGCCACUCCAGGACCUUAAUGUGCUUCUUCUUGAGCCACUCCUUUGUUGCCUUGGCCGUGUGUUUUGGGUCAUUGCCAUGCUGGAAUACCCAUCCACGACCCAUUUUCAAUGCCCUGGCUGAGGGAAGGAGGUUCUCACCCAAGAUUUGACGGUACAUGGCCCCAUCCAUCGUCCCUUUGAUGCGGUGAAGUUGUCCUGUCCCCUUAGCAGAAAAACACCCCCAAAGCAUAAUGUUUCCACCUCCAUGUUUGAUGGUGGGGAUGGUGUUCUUGGGGUCAUAGGCAGCAUUCGUCCUCCUCCAAACACGGUGAGUUGAGUUGAUGCCAAAGAGCUCGAUUUUGGUCUCAUCUGACCACAACACUUUCACGCAGUUCUCCUCUGAAUCAUUCAGAUGUUCAUUGGCAAACUUCAGACGGCCCUGUAUAUGUGCUUUCUUGAGAAGGGGGACCUUGCGGGCGCUGCAGGAUUUCAGUCCUUCACGGCGUACUGUGUUACCAAUUGUUUUCUUGGUGACUAUGGUCCCAGCUGCCUUGAGAUCAUUGACAAGAUCCUCCCGUGUAGUUCUGGGCUGAUUCCUCACUGUUCUCAUGAUCAUUGCAACUCCAAGAGGUGAGAUCUUGCAUGGAGCCCCAGGCCGAGGGAGAUUGACAGUUAUUUUGUGUUUCUUUCAUUUGCGAAUAAUCGCACCAACUGUUGUCACCUUCUCACCAAGCUGCUUGCCGAUGGUCUUGUAGCCCAUUCCAGCCUUGUGUAGGUCUACAAUCUUGUCCCUGACAUCCUUGGAGAGCUCUUUAAAAUGCAAAUCAAUUUAUAACAUUUUUGAAAUGCGUUUUUCUGGAUUUAUUUGUUGUUAUUCAGUCUCUCACUGUUCAUAUAAACAUACCAUUAAAAAUAUAGACUGAUCAUUUCUUUGUCAGAGGGCAAACGUACAAAAUCAGCAGGGGAUCAAAUACUUUUUUCCCUCACUGUAUAAGGUCCCACAGUUGACAGUGCAUGUCAGAGAAAAAACCAAGCCGUGAGGUCAAAGGAAUUGUCCGUAGAGCUCAGAGACAGGAAUGUGUCGAGGCACAGAUCUGGGGAAGGGUAUCAAAAAUUAUUUACAGCAUUGACGGUCCCCAAGAACUCAGUGGCCUCCAUCAUUCUUAAAUGAAAGAAGUUUGGAACCACCAAGAUUCUUCCUAGAGCUGGCCGCCUGGCCAAACUUAGCAAUCGGGGGAGAAGGGCCUUGGUCAGGAAGGUGACCAAGAACCCGAUGGUCGCGCUGGCAGAGCUCCAGAGUUCCUCUGUGGAGAUGGGAGACCCUUCCAGAAGGACAACCAUUUCUGCAGCACUCCACCAAUCAGGCCUUUAUGGUAGAGUGGCCAGACGGAAGCCACUCCUCAGUAAAAGGCACAUCACAGCCCGCUUGGAGUUUGCCAAAAGGCACCUAAAGGACUCUGGGAGACUAGUCAGGAUUAUGGGAAAGAUGAACGGAGCAAAGUACAGAGAGAUCCUUGAUGAAAACCUGCUCCAGAGCGCUCAGAACCUCAGAUUGUGGUGAAGGUUCACCUUCCAACAGGACAACGACCCUAAGCACACAGCCAAGAUAACACAGGAGUGGCUUCGGGACAAGUCUCUGAAUGUCUUUGAGUGGCCCAGCCAGAGCCCGGACUUGAACGCAAUCGAAUAUUUCUGGAGAGACCUGAAAAUAGCUGUGCUCCCCAUCCAACCUGACAGCUUGAGAGGAUCUGCAGAGAAGAAUGGGAGAAACUCCCCAAAUACAGGUGUGGCAAGCUUUUAGCGUCAUACCCAAGAAGACUCGAGUCUGUAAUCGCUGCUAAAGGUGCUUAACCAAAGUACUGAGUAAAGGGUCUGAAUACUUAUGGUAAUGUAAUAUUUCAGUGUUCUAUUUUAAAUACAUUUGCAAAAAUGUCUAGCAAACUAUUUUUGCUUUGUCAUUAUGGGGUAUUGUGGGUAGAUUGAUGUGGGGGGAAAAAACAAUUUAAUCAAUUUUAGAAUAAGGUUGUAAUGUAACAAAAUGUGGAAAAAGUCAAGGCGUCUGAAUACUUUCCGAAUGCACUGUACAAGAGGGUGGGGCUUAAGCUGCAUCCCUGUCUCACCCCAUGGCCCUUUGGAAAGAAAUGUUUUUUAUUUUGCCAAUUUUAACUGCACACUUGUUGUUUGUGUACAUGGAUUUUAUAAUUUUGUAUGUUUUUCCCCCAACACCUCUUUCCAUCAAUUUGUAUAGCAGACCCUCAUGCCAAAUUGAGUCAAAAGCUUUUUUGAAAUCAACAAAGCAUGACAAGACUUGUUUUUGUUUUGUUUUGUUUGUUGGUCAAUUAGGGUGUGCAGGGUGAAUACGUGGUCUGUCUUACGGUAAUUUGGUAAAAAGCCAAUUUGACAUUUGCUCAGUACAUUGUUUUCACUGAGGAAAUGUAGAAGUCUGCUGUUAAUGAUAAUGCAGAUGAUUUUCCCAAGGUUGCUGUUGACGCGUAUCCCAUGGUAGUUAUUGGGGUCAAAUUUGUCUCCACUUUUGUGGAUUGGGGUGGUCAUUGGUUCCAAAUGGGGAAGAUGCCAGAGCUGAGGAUGAUGUUAAAGAGUUUAAGUAUAGCCAAUUGAAAUUUGUGGUCUGUAUAUUUUAUCAUUUCAUUUAGGAUACCAUCAAGACCACAGGCCUUUUUGGGUUGGAGGGUUUGUAUUUUGUCCUGUAGUUCAUUCAAUGUAAUUGGAGAAUCCAGUGGGUUCUGGUAGUUUAAAAAAAAUAUUUUUCUUAUUUUAUUUCACCUUUAUUUAACCAGGUAAGCCAGUUGAGAACAAGUUCUCAUUUACAACUGCUACCUGGCCAAGAUAAAGCAAAGCAGUGCGAUAAAAACAACAGCACAGAGUUACAUAUGGGGUAAACAAAACAUAAAGUCAAAAAUACAACAGAAAAUAUAUAUACAGUGUGUGCGAAUGUAGUAAGUUAUGGAGGUAAGGCAAUAAAUAGGUCAUAGUGCAAAAUAGUUACAAUUUCGUAUUAACACUGGAAUGAUAGAUGUGCAAAAGAUGAUGUGCAAAUAGAGAUACUGGGGUGCAAAUUAGCAAAAUAAAUAACAGUAUGGGGAUGAGGUAGUUGGGUGGGCUAAUUUCAGAAUGGCUGUGUACAGGUGCAGUGAUUGGUAAGCUGCUCUGACAACUGAUGCUUAAAGUUAGUGAGGGAGAUAAGAGUCUCUAGCUUCAGAGAUUUUUGCAGUUCGUUCCAGUCAUUGGCAUCAGAGAACUGGAAGGAAUGGCGGCCAAAGGAGGUGUUUGCUUUGGGGAUGACCAGUGAGAUAUACCUGCUGGAGCGCAGACUACGGGUGGGUGUUGCUAUGGUGACCAGUGAGUUUAGAUAAGACGGGGAUUUGCCUAGCAGUGAUUUAAUAAUCUUGAAUAGUUGAUUCUAAGAUUUGUAUUUGAUCAUGUAUAUGUUUUUGCUGUUUGUUCUUUGUUAUAGAGUCAAAAAGAUUGGAGAAGUGUUUUAUCCAUACAUCUCCAUUUUGGAUAGAUAACUUUUCGUGUUGUUGUUUGUUUAGUGUGUUCCAAUUUUCCCAGAAGUGGUUAGAGUCUAUGGAUUCUUCAAUUACAUUGAGCUGAUAUCCGACCUGUUGUUCCUUCUUUUUCCGUAGUGUAUUUCUGUAUUGUUUUAGUGAUUUUAGUGAUUCACCAUAGUGAAGGCGUACACUCAGAUUUUCUGGGUCUUUUUGUUUUUGGUUGGAAAGGUUUCUCAAUUUCUUUCUUAGGUUGUCUGCAUAUUUGAUAGGGAAGCUGAAAGGUCAAAUAUACUGUUUAGGCCAGGGGUGUCAAACGUCCGGCCGGAUCAGGCCCGCAAACGGGUUUAAUCCGGCCCGCGAGAUGAUUUUGAAAAAAAUAAACUGCUGUUCCAAUUGCGUCCACUGGAUGGCGCAAUAGCAAUUGUGUUAAGCAAGCAAACUGUUUAUACCGGGGCAGAGCAAGUAGGUCAAGCACGUGCAGCCAAUGAGCUACUUUGUUUUGCCCGCGAUAUUUAUUACGGCUUCUACUUUUAACAUUAUGUGCUUUGGCACCCUCAUUGCCCCAAUAUGUCUCUGUCAAAAAAGAGAAAAGUGGACGCAGAGUGUUCCAAGAAAAAUGGUCAUCCUAUUUAUUCACAGAAUUGAAUGGGAAAGCUGUAUGUUUGGUGUGUUCAGAGCAUGUUGCAGUGCUGAAAGAAUAUAACCUUCGUCGCCACUAUGUGAGUCUUCAUGCCGACAAAUAUGACAACUUUCAAGGACAGCGGAGAUGAGAGAAGGUGAAUGAACUGUUGGCGGGUCUGAAGAAACAGCAGUCUGUGUUUACUCACAGCCGAGACAUCAGUGACGCUGCAGUGAAAGCUAGCUACCUCAUUGCUAAUGAAAUCGCAGUGGCUUCAAAACCAUUUAGUGAGGGUGAAUUUGUAAAAACAUGCAUGAUGAAGGCAGCGGAGAUUGUGUGCCCUGAAAAGCGGCAGGCUUUUGCAAAUAUCAGCCUGACAAGAAACACAGUUGCAGACAGGAUUUCCGAUCUUUCAGUGGAUUUGGACAGCCAGUUGAAGCAAAAAGUAAAGUCAUUUAUUGCGUUUUCGGUUGCAAUUGAUGAAAGCACGGACAUUACAGAUGUUGCACAACUGGCCAUUUUCAUCCGCGGAGUUGAUGACACAUUGACCGUCACCGAGGAGUUCGUGGAGUUGGUGCCGAUGACAGAUACAACGACAGCAGCUGAUAUUUUUACCGCACUCGUCGGCGCGCUGGACAGGGUCGGAGUGGACUGGUCCCGUGCUGUCAGCCUGGCUACAGAUGGUGCGCCCUCAAUGAUCGGGAAAAAAGCAGGCGUUGUGACAAAGUUCAGAGAGAAAGUGCAAUCUGCAAAUGGAGGACGUGAUUUUUUGACUUUUCACUGUAUUUUGCACCAGGAGGCUUUGUGUUGCAAGUCAUUAAAGAUGGAUAACGUCAUGAAGGCUGAAUCACCGUCAGUUUGACAGCCUUCUCAGAGAGAAAGACCACAUCUAUGGCCUGCCAUACCACACUGAGGUAAGAUGGUUAAGCCGAGGUGCUGUGCUGAGGCGUUUCUUUGAUUUACGAGAAGAAAUUGAACAGUUCAUGGAAGAAAAGGGCAAACCAGUGUUAGAAUUUCAUUCCGCAGAAUGGAUGCAGGACCUUGCAUUUAUGGUGGAUGUUACAGAGCACCUGAAUAACUUGAACAAACAGCUGCAAGGGCGCAACAAAGUUGUCACGCAGUAUUAUGACAGCAUACGUUCUUUCAAGUUGAAGCUGUCAUUGUGGGAGACGCAACUUGCCGGUGGUGAUGCAGCUCACUUCCCCUGUCUGAAAAAUGUGUGCGCGACCCAACAUGUGGCAGACAUGAAGCGGUUCAAAGAUAAAAUAACGGGACUGUUACGGGAGUUUGAGCAACGCUUUCAGAUUUAUGUUUAUAUGUUUUUAUGUUGAUGUGCUAUUGUUUUUAAUUGAUUUUAUUUUAUUUGUAUAUUUAACCUAUUCUUGACUCUGUGGUUCUUGCACUUGUUUGGGGAACAGGAUUUCAUUAUUUUUAUCUACAUUUCUGCCCGAGAAAUGACACCCUGAUAUAGUUCUGUGAUCUGUGAUAUACUUCUGUGAAUCACUGAGGCAUUGUGUGUUUGUGUGUUCUUUGUCCUCAGAACUUUCAAAUAACUUGAGGUGUUUUAUGAUUAAUAGUGAUGUUGUGCUUUUGGACACUGUCCUCAGGCUCCAGCUUUAUGUUUAUAUGUUUUUAUGUUGAUGUGCUAUUGUUUUUAAUUGAUUUUAUUUUAUUUGUAUAUUUAACCUAUUCUUGACUCUGUGGUUCUUGCACUUGUUUGGGGAACAGGAUUUCAUUAUUUUUAUCUACAUUUCUGCCUGAGAAAUGACACCCUGAUAUAGUUCUGUGAUCUGUGAAACAGUUCUGUUAAUCACUGAGGCAUUGUGUGUUCUUUGUCCUCAGAACUUUCAAAUAACUUGAGGUGUUUUAUGAUUAAUAGUGAUGUUGUGCUUUUGGACACUGUCCUCAGGCUCCAGCUUUAUGUUUAUAUGUUUUUAUGUUGAUGUGCUAUUGUUUUUAAUUGAUUUUAUUUUAUUUGUAUAUUUAACCUAUUCUUGACUCUGUGGUUCUUGCACUUGUUUGGGGAACAGGAUUUCAUAAUUUUUAUCUACAUUUCUGCCUGAGAAAUGACACCCUGAUAUAGUUCUGUGAUCUGUGAUAUCUACAUUUCUGCCUGAGAAAUGACACCCUGAUAUAGUUCUGUGAUCUGUGAAACAGUUCUGUUAAUCACUGAGGCAUUGUGUGUUUGUGUGUUCUUUUUCUUUAGAAUUUUCAAAUAAACUUGACGUGUUUUAUGAUUAAUAGUGAUGUUGUGCUUGUACUAUUUUGGACACACUGUCCUCAGGCUCCAGCUUUAUGUUGUAUGUUGAUCGUAUUAAAACAAAGAAAACAAUCUGAAGUUGUUGUUUAUAAGUUAUAUAUACCAUGAUUUUUCCGGUCCGGCCCACUUGGGAAUAGAUUUUCCUCCAUGUGGCCCCUGAGCUAAAAUUAGUUUGACACCCCUGGUUUAGGCUUUCUACUGCCAAGUUUACACCUUCACUAUUACAGUGAAAUGUUUUGUCCAGGAAGUUGUCUAAAAAGGAUUGAAUUUGUUGUUGCCUAAUUGUUUUUUUUGUAGGUUUCUACACUACUUUCCUUCCAUCUAUAGCAUCUCUUAAUAUUGUGCAGUUCCUUUGGCUUUGAUGCGUCAUGAUUUGAGUAUUGCUCUGUUCAAGUAGACUGUGAUUUUGCUGUGAUCUGAUCGGGGUGUUAGUGGGCUGACUGUGAAUGCUCUGAGAGACUCUGGGUUGAGGUCAGUGAUAAAGUAAUCUACAGUACUACUGCCAAGGGAUGAGCUGUAAGUGUACCUUCCAUAGGAGUCUCCUUGAAGCCUACCAUUGACUAAUUUAACGCCCUCUCCCUUCCUCUUCGAGGUGUGAGCAACUCCUGGGGGUGAACGGGAAGUUGAGACAGGAAGUGAUGCUGGCUGGGGAGCCAAUCCCAGAUUUGCAAGAAAGACUGAGACUUCUGCUGCAAACUAUAAUCCAGAGGUAGGCUGUGUCCCAAAUUACACCUGAUUCCCUAUAAUAAUGUACUACUUUUGACCAGGACCCAGUACCACAGUGAGCCCCAAAAGUAUCGGGACAGUGACCAUUUUUGUUGUUGUUUUGGCUCUGAUGAAAUGAUACAAUGACUAUGAGGUUAAAGUGCAGACUGUCAGCUUUAAUUUGAGGGUAAUUUCAUCCAUAUCGGGUGAACCGUUUAGUAAUUACAGCACUUUUAGUAAACAGUAUAGGGAAUACUAUUAGUUCAAUGAUCUCAAUCACUUUUAUAGUCCCCUGUCCUUUAUAUGUUCCCUAUGUUCUAUGUUGUAUUGUAUGUCCUGUAGUGUGUUCUAAAGAUGCUAAUCAAAUAUGUGGAACCAGACAAGAAAAGCUUAUCUUAUCUUAGUCAGUGACACUGAAGUUAUCCCUCAUUGGCUGUUCUUUCAACCCAAAUUGUAGGCUUAUUAAAACACAGUUUUGUGUUUUCUUGAUAUGUUGGAUAGUGAUCUAAUUUGUUAAUUUAGUGGGAUUAUGUUUUAGAAAAUGAAUUUGCCUUCAUUGAAAUGUCUUCAGUUUGAAAACAAAACAAAAUGUGUUUGUACUCCCUUCUGGGAAUCAACUUCAGUCACGGACUCUUAUGACAUUCCUGUCAGACAGCCCACUGGACAGAGACAUCAGUUCAACGUCUAGUUUUGAUUUACAUUUGAUUGAGUUGUCAACUAACGUGAAUUCAAUGUGAAAUCAACAAACAUUUGAACCAUGUCAUCGGAUUUAAGUUAGAUUUGGGUGAAAAAUGAGAAACAUUCCCGGAAUUCCUUUACAUUGAUGACGUUUUGCGAAUCCAAUCAGUUUUCCACGUUGAUUCAACAUCAUCAUUACAGAUUUGUUUUAAUGACUUGGAAACAACGUUGAUUCAACCAGUUUGUGCCCAGUGGGAGGGGCCUCUCUAACACCUAGCGUUAUGUCUGAGUUAUAUUGUUGUUGUCAUUGUUACGGUCACGUUUGGGUGUUAUGUUCCUUUUUAGGAACACUUAGAAUCGACCAUGUUUACACAGACAAGCACUCCAUUACCAUAGAAACCUUAAGUAGUGCGGACAUACCAGCAUUUAAUGACUCACUAGUACUAAGUCAUGUUUCCUCUCCUGUUGCAGCUCUCUGGGAGACAAUAUUGCUGCCAGUCCACCCAUCAAAGACCCAUUGAUCGUUCUAGUAAUUCUAUUUCUAUGGUUUCAGCACUCUGAUGGGGGACAAUGUGGCUGCCAGUCCACCCAUCACAGAACCAUUGAUUGUUCUAGUAAUUUUAUUUUUACGGUUGCAGCUCCCUGAUGGUAGACAAGCAGCCUCCCCAGGUGAUUAAGACCCAGUCUAAGUUCUCCACAACGGUGCGCUACCUGCUGGGGGAUAAGGUGGCACCCGGGAAACCAGUCCUCAUCAAGGCUCAGAUCAUCACAGAGGCCCAGGCUAGAAACCUCAGACAGCUAGGCACCGUACCCAGGUCAGUGAUGUAACGGAGCGCUUCUCAAACUCUUUUGUACAAGGGACAGGCAUGCUACAGUCUUUCUUGUGUUGCGGACCAUUUACAUUUUAGUCAUUUAGCAGACGCUCUUAUCCAGAGUGAUUUACAGGAGCAAUUAGGGUUAAGGUGCUCAAGGGCACAUAGACAGAUUUUUCACCUAGUUGGCUCGGGGAUUUGAACCAGCGACCUUUCGGUUACUGACCCAACGAUCUUAACCGCUAUGCUACCUGCCGACCAGCACGUCAUGGUCCUCCCUUCUGUGAUGGUGAGGACAGUUUCCAUCAACAAACCAAAGGUUAAUAAACACUGUGGUGAAUGGAGGGUUAGGUUAGCAAUCGCUACUGUCUUGCUGAACUAUGGGACAUGAAGUAUUAUCGUCCUGGACCAAGGAAUGCCAUGACAUUGUUUGUGAACAGAAGCUAGAGAAAAACUAUACAGGUGAAUUGGUCCGUUACUGCUCCUGGAAAAUGUGCAAAAUGUCUUACAUCAGUUAUCACCAGGGGGAAUUUUGGAUUUAGAGGGUUAGCUUCCUCAAACUAAUGUAAGGCUAUCGCUUUGUUUACAUAUGACUGCUAGCAUUUGGACUACCCUAAUACUUGUAGCCCACUCAGUCACUUACGCUGCGUUUAGACAAGCAGCCCAAUUUUGAUAUUUUUUUUCACUAAUUGGUCUUUUGACCAAUCAGAUCAGCUCUGAAGAAGAUGUCAAAAGACCAAUUAGUGAAAACAAUAUCAGAAUUGGUCUGGCUGUGUAAACGCAGCCUUAGAUAAAAUGCAUACAAAUGUCCAUACUCAAGACAUUACCGUAGUCCUAGAUCAGGGGUCAUUUUAGCUCAGGGGCCACAUGGAGGAAAAUCUAUUCCCAAGUGGGCCGGACCGGAAAAAUCAUGGUAUAUAUAACUUAAAAACAACAACUUCAGAUUGUUUUCUUUGUUUUAAUACGAUCAACAUACAACAUAAAGCUGGAGCCUGAGGACAGUGUGUCCAAAAUAGUACAAGCACAACAUCACUAUUAAUCAUAAAACACGUCAAGUUUAUUUGAAAAUUCUAAAGAAAAAGAACACACAAACACACAAUGCCUCAGUGAUUAACAGAACUGUUUCACAGAUCACAGAACUAUAUCAGGGUGUCAUUUCUCAGGCAGAAAUGUAGAUAAAAAUUAUGAAAUCCUGUUCCCCAAACAAGUGCAAGAACCACAGAGUCAAGAAUAGGUUAAAUAUACAAAUAAAAUAAAAUCAAUUAAAAACAAUAGCACAUCAACAUAAAAACAUAUAAACAUAAAGCUGGAGCCUGAGGACAGUGUCCAAAAGCACAACAUCACUAUUAAUCAUAAAACACCUCAAGUUAUUUGAAAGUUCUGAGGACAAAGAACACACAAUGCCUCAGUGAUUAACAGAACUGUUUCACAGAUCACAGAACUAUAUCAGGGUGUCAUUUCUCAGGCAGAAAUGUAGAUAAAAAUAAUGAAAUCCUGUUCCCCAAACAAGUGCAAGAACCACAGAGUCAAGAAUAGGUUAAAUAUACAAAUAAAAUAAAAUCAAUUAAAAACAAUAGCACAUCAACAUAAAAACAUAUAAACAUAAAUCUGAAAGCGUUGCUCAAACUCCCGUAACAGUCCCGUUAUUUUAUCUUUGAACCGCUUCAUGUCUGCCACAUGUUGGGUCGCGCACACAUUUUUCAGACAGGGGAAGUGAGCUGCAUCACCACCGGCAAGUUGCGUCUCCCACAAUGACAGCUUCAACUUGAAAGAACGUAUGCUGUCAUAAUACUGCGUGACAACUUUGUUGCGCCCUUGCAGCUGUUUGUUCAAGUUAUUCAGGUGCUCUGUAACAUCCACCAUAAAUGCAAGGUCCUGCAUCCAUUCUGCGGAAUGAAAUUCUAACACUGGUUUGCCCUUUUCUUCCAUGAACUGUUCAAUUUCUUCUCGUAAAUCAAAGAAACGCCUCAGCACAGCACCUCGGCUUAACCAUCUUACCUCAGUGUGGUAUGGCAGGCCAUAGAUGUGGUCUUUCUGUCUGAGAAGGCUGUCAAACUGACGGUGAUUCAGGCUUCUGGAUCGGAUGAAAUUAACAGUUUGGAUGACCACCUUCAUGACGUUAUCCAUCUUUAAUGACUUGCAACACAAAGCCUCCUGGUGCAAAAUACAGUGAAAAGUCAAAAAAUCACGUCCUCCAUUUGCAGAUUGCACUUUCUCUCUGAACUUUGUCACAACGCCUGCUUUUUUCCCGAUCAUUGAGGGCACACCAUCUGUAGCCAGGCUGACAGCGUGGGACCAGUCCACUCCGACCCUGUCCAGCGCGCCGACGAGUGCAGUAAAAAUAUCAGCUGCUGUCGUUGUAUCUGUCAUCGGCACCAACUCCACGAACUCCUCGGUGACGGUCAAUGUGUCAUCAACUCCGCGGAUGAAAAUGGCCAGUUGUGCAACAUCUGUAAUGUCCGUGCUUUCAUCAAUUGCAACCGAAAACGCAAUAAAUGACUUUACUUUUUGCUUCACUUGGCUGUCCAAAUCCACUGAAAGAUCGGAAAUCCUGUCUGCAACUGUGUUUCUUGUCAGGCUGAUAUUUGCAAAAGCCUGCCGCUUUUCAGGGCACACAAUCUCCGCUGCCUUCAUCAUGCAUGUUUUUACAAAUUCACCCUCACUAAAUGGUUUUGAAGCCACUGCGAUUUCAUUAGCAAUGAGGUAGCUAGCUUUCACUGCAGCGUCACUGAUGUCUCGGCUGUGAGUAAACACAGACUGCUGUUUCUUCAGACCCGCCAACAGUUCAUUCACCUUCUCUCAUCUCCGCUGUCCUUGAAAGUUGUCAUAUUUGUCGGCAUGAAGACUCACAUAGUGGCGACGAAGGUUAUAUUCUUUCAGCAUAAAUAGGAUGACAAUUUUUCUUGGAACACUCUGCACUCUGCGUCCACUUUUCUCUUUUUUGACAGAGACAUAUUGGGGCAAUGAGGGUGCCAAAGCACAUAAUGUUCAAAGUAGAAGCCGUAAUAAAUAUCGCGGGCAAAACAAAGUAGCUCAUUGGCUGCACGUGCUUGACCUACUUGCUCUGCCCCGGUAUAAACAGUUUGCUUGCUUAACACAAUUGCUAUUGCGCCAUCCAGUGGACGCAAUUGGAACAGCAGUUUAUUUUAUUGAAAAAUUGCAGCGCAUUUUUAUACUUUACAAAAUUAUGAUUAAUAUUAUUAUUUUUUAUUUAUUUUUUAUCAUCUCGCGGGCCGGAUUAAACCCGUUUGCGGGCCUGAUCCGGCCCGUGGGCCGGACGUUUGACACCCCUGUCCUAGAUGGUAAACCCAUGUUCAUAAGAUGGCCAAAGAAGAUCUGAUUAGCACAUUUCUGUGAGCAACUUCCUUGCUGGCUGUCUAUAGUUGUACAGAGAGCAGUAGGCCUAAUGUACAACAGACACUGAUAUCACUCACCAUACAACUGUAGGCCUUUAAGAAGUCAUAUUCAAGUCUGUUUUAAAAAAAGUGUUUUUUGUUCUGACUAUUCCAGUGAGAAUGUUGGCGAGUUGAUCAAUAACACAGCCAUUUUGGAACACACCUCCAGCAAGAGCACAUGUGCCACCUUCCGGAAUAUGGUAUGUACUGAAACCAGGCUCUUAACCAUGCACUGUCUGUCAGGUUCCUGUAAUGUCAUAUGUGCCUGGAUGGUUUUUUAAUCAACCAGAUUUGGAGAUGUCCUUCUGUAAAUCCUUCCAUGAAUUUUCAGAUGUCAUAAGGAAAUGUAAGAAUAAAGGAAUUCCAAUUCAUAUGUACAAUUAUGAAUUUGUGAUGUAAAAAAACUAAAAAAACAUAAUAAAGUCAUCUAUCUUGUUCUGUCGUUUCCUCCUGUCUUAUAGUCUUCAUAAAGUCAUCAAUCUUGUUCUGUCAUUUCCUCCAGUGUAUAGUCUUCAUAAAGUCAUCUAUCUUGUUCUGCCAUUUCCUCUAUCUUGUUAUGUCGUUUCCGCCAGUCUAUAGUCUUCAUAGAGUCAUCUAUCUUGUUCUGUUGUUUCCUCCAGUCUAUAGUCUUCAUAAAGUAAUCUAUCUUGUUCGGUCGUUUCAUCCAGUCUAUAGUCUUCAUAAAGUCAUCUAUCUUGUUCUGUUGUUUCCUCCAGUCUAUAAAGAAGAUCAAGAGAGCAGACAGAAAGGGGUCGGAGUCUGUGACAGAGGAGAAGUUUGCUCUCUUCUUCACCACAGAGAUCAGCAUCACUGGCUGUGACACUCCCUACAGAAUACAGGUCAGCUCUCCUUCCCCCUCCUUUUCAGUACAGCCAAAUCAAAACUGCAUGUCAAAGCUUGAAUGACAUACUAAUACAUUUACAUUUUAGUCAUUUAGCAGACGCUUUUAUCCAGAGCGACUUAGUGAGUGCAUACAUUUUUCAUACUGGUCCCCCGUGGGAAAUGAACCCACAACCCUGGCGUUGCAAGCGCCAUGCUCUACCAACUGAGCUACACGGGACUGUGUGAGGUAUGGCAAUGUGAGGUAUGGCAAUAAAUGAUUGGACUUUUUCUACACACUUUCUCUGGUCUCGCCCUUUGGCCUGUGCAAUGUCAUUUGAACUUUGACAUGACUGCUUAGACCUCACUUUUGGGUAACUUGGCAGUACAUCUGUUAUCGGUUAACGUCUUGGCAAUAGCAGUAUUAUAGCACAGCAGGUCUGAGAUAUGCAACCAGACUUGUCAUCUGCCACGUCGUAUAUCUCAAGACACACAGUAGAAGCAUAGUUUAGAUCAUCAAUAGAAACUGUGAGCAGUUGUCUUGUUGAUCAGUUAAUAGUAUGGCUGUACUGAUAUGGUGUUGAUCAUUGAAUAGUAUGGCUGUACUGACAUGUAAAUAAUCUCUGUGUGAUUGUAGAUGAUCUCUGUGUGAUUGUAGAUGAUCUCUGUGUGAUUGUAGAUGAUCUCUGUUCCCGUGGUGGUGAUAGUUCAUGGGAGUCAGGAUAACAAUGCCCUAGCAACCAUCAUUUGGGACUGCGCUUUCGCUGAACCAGUGAGUGCCUAUCUCUCUAGUUUGUCUCAGUGUCUGUCUGUCGAUCUGUCUCCUCCUUUCUCUCCAUCUCUCUCUCUCUCUCUCUCUCUCUCUCUCUCUCUCUCUCUCUCCCUCUCUCUCUCUCUCUCUCUCUCUCUCUCUCUCUCUCUCUCUCUCUCUCUCUCUCUCUCUCUCCUCUCUCUCUCUCUCUCUCUCUCUCUCUCUCUCUCUCUCUCUCUCUCUCUCUCUCUCUCUCUAUGUCUCUCUAAACCCUUUUCCCACUCAUAUCACACCCACUAUCAACACAGUAGACUAAACAGUAUGUCUGCUCACUUUUCUCACAACAUCAACAUUUGACAUCUAAUCUUAUGAUGCAAAAAUUCUAACAAAAUGUAUAGCACAUAGAAUUAAAAAGAUAUUGUCGGACAUUAUUCAUUCUAAUCAGACAGGUUUUUUACAUGGACGAUACAUUGGAGAUAAUAUAAGGCAAGUACUAGAAACAAUAGAACACUAUGAAAAAUCUGGGAAACCAGGCCUGGUAUUCAUAGCAGACUUUGAAAAGGCUUUUGAUAAAGUACGACUGGAGUUUAUAUAUAAAUGCCUGGAGAAUUUCAAUUUUGGAGAAUCUCUUAUAAAAUGGGUUAAAAUCAUUACAUUUACAUUUUAGUCAUUUAGCAGACGCUCUUAUCCAGAGCGACUUACAGUUAGUGAAUGCAUACAUGUUUCUUUUGUGUUGUUUUUGUUUGUUUUUUAUACUGGCCCCCCGUGGGAAACGAACCCACAUCCCUGUGCGCCGCCCAUGGGUCUCCCGAUCGGGGCCGGCUGCGAUAGAGCCUGGACUCGAACCAGGAUCUCUAGUGGCACAGCUAGCACUGCGAUGCAGUGCCUUAGACCACUGCGCCACUCGGGAGUCAAAAUCAUGUAUAGUAACCCUAGGUGUAAAAUAGUAAAUAAUGUCUACUUCUCAGAAAGUAUUAAACUGUCAAGAGGAGUAAAACAAGGUUGUCCACUAUCGGCAUAUCUAUUUAUUAUGGGCAUCAAAAUGUUAGCUAUUAAAAUCAGAUCCAACAAUAAUAUAAAGUGAUUAGAAAUCCAGGUCUUAAAAACAAAGGUGUCAUUGUACGCCACAGCCUCAUAGAGGAUCUAGAUACAUUUUCUAACCUCUCUGGAUUACAACCAAAUUAUAAAAAAUUUACUAUAUUACAUUUUACUCAUUUAGCAGACGCUCUUAUCCAGAGCGACUUACAGUUAGUGAAUACAUAUUUUUUUAUACUGGCCCCCGUGGGAAUCGAACCCACAACCCUGGCGUUGCAAACGCCAUGCUCUAUCAACUGAGCUACAUCCCUGCCGGCCAUUCCCUCCCCUACCCUGGACAACGCUGGGCCAAUUGUGCGCCGCCCAUGAGUCUCCCGGUCGCGGCCGGCUGCGACAGAGCCUGGAUUCGAACCAGGAUCUCUAUUGGCACAGUUAGCACUGCGAUGCAGUGCCUUAGACCACUGCGCCACUCAGGACACUCACUAUUAUGUAUUUGAUCACUAAAAAAUACUAUUUUUACAUUACCGUGUAGUUUACCAAUAAAAUGGUCUGAUGGUGAUGUGGAUAUACUCUGAAUACAUAUCCCAAAAUAAAUAAAUGAUCUCACUCCAAUACAUUUUAAUAGAAAGUUAGCAAAAAUAGAUAAGAUCUUGCUACCAUGGAAAGAUAAAUACCUGUCUAUUUGUGGAAAAAUCACCCUGAUUAACUCUUUUGUAUUAUUUACAUUUUAGUCAUUUAGCAGACGCUCUUAUCCAGAGCGACUUACAGUAGUGAGUGCAUACAUUUUCAUACUAGUCCCCCGUGGGAAUCGAACCCACAACCCUGGCGUUGCAACCGCCAUGCUCUACCAACUGAGCUACACGGGACUACAACUAUUAUCCCAGUUUACCUAUUUGCUUAUGGUCUUGCCUACGCCUAGUGAACAGUAUUUUAAAUUAUAAGAUUAAAAAAAUAUUCAAUUUCAUUUGGAACGGCAAGCCACACAAAAUUAAACGGGCCUAUUUAUAUAAUGAAUAUGAAUUCGGAGGACAGAAAUUAUUAAAUAUUAAAGCAUUAGACCUAUCACUAAAAGCUUCAGUCAUACAAAAUGUAUACUUAAAUCCGAACUGGCUCUCUAUCAAAUUAGUAAGAUUGUCUCACCCAAUGUUCAAGAAUGGCCUUUUUCCCUUUAUUCAGAUUACAACCUCUCACUUUCAGUUAUUUGAAAAGGAAAUCAUCUCCCAAAUAUCACUAUUUCUAAAACAAGCCAUAGAAAGUUGGUUGCAAUUUCAAUUUAAACCUACUGAAACGACAGAACAAAUAAUGCAACAAAUAUUGUGGUUAAACUCAAAUAUACUAAUUGAUUAAAAAAAACAUUAUGUUUUGAAGAAAUGUUUUAAAAAGGUAUAAUCUUCAUAAAUGAUAUCAUAGGUAGGACUGGUGGAGUUAUGUCGCACAUGCAGCUAACAAAAACAUAUGGUAAUGUCUGCUCUACCCAAAAUUACAACCAAAUAAUUACAGCAUUACUGCAAAAAUGGAAGAGGAAAGUGGAAGGGGGAAAAAGUAAGGAACUUGUCUGUCGGCCCUGCAUUAAAGACCAUAAUUGGUUAAAGAAAGUUGUGAUAAAUAAAAAAGCAUACCAGUUUCAUUUAAGGACCAAAGGAUUGACAGCCGUCCCAUAUAGAUUGCAAAAUAGUUGGGAAGACAUUUUUGACAAAUGGUAAAUGGUUUAUGAACUGAUACGCAAAACGACGUUGGAUUCAAAACUUAUAAUUUUUCAAUUUAAAUUAUUAUACAAAAUUCUUGAAACCAAUAGAAUGUUAUUUAUAUGGGGGAUACAAUCUUCCCAGCUCUGCAGAUUUUGCUGCGAAGAGACAGAAUCAUUAGAUCAUUUGUUUUGGUACUGUCCAAUUGUAGCUUGUUUUUGGUCACAGGUCCAGGAAUGGCUGAAGGAUUGCAAUAUUUAGCUGGAGCUAACCCUGCAGAUAUCACUACUGGGUGAUCUGAAAAGUCAUAGUCAAUCGAUCAAUAAUAUAAUAAUACUUUUAGCAAAAAUGUUUAUUUUCAAUUUACAAUCUGUAGAAACAAUAGGAAUAGAAGGGUUCAGAACCUUUGUGAAACAUCAAGUUUCAUUAGAAAGUUCUUUGUUUCUGUCCAUUUUGAGCCUGUAAUCGAACCCACAAUUGCUGAUGCUCCAGAUACUCAACUAGUCUCAAGAAGGCCAGUUUUAUUGCUUCUUUAACCAGCACAACAGUUUUCAGCUGUGCUAACAUAAUUGCAAAAGGGUUUUCUAAUGAUCAAUUAGCCUUUUUAAAAUGAUAAACUUGGAUUAGCAAACACAACGUGCCAUUGGAACACAGGACUGAUGGUUGCUGAUAAUGGGCCUCUGUACGCCUAUGUAGAUAUUCCAUAAAAUAUCUGCCGUUUCCAGCUACAAUGGCCAUUUACAACAUUAACAAUGUCUACACUGUAUUUCUGAUCAAUUUGAUGUUAUUUUAAUGGACAUAAAAAUUGCUUUUCUUUCGAAAACAAUGACAUUUCUAAGUGACCCCAAACUUUUGAACAGUAGUGUAUAUAGUAUGUAUAAACUGGAAGUAGAGGCCUAAGCGUUGUUGUUCACUAGUUUACUCCAAUUAGGAGAGGGGUGGUGGGUUGGAAAGUAAUAAAGGAGGAUGAAUUUAGAAAAAGGAUAUGUAUGUAUGUAUAUGUAUUUAUAUGUAUGUGUGUAUGUAUGUAUGUAUGUGUGUAUGUGUAUAUGUAUCUGUAUAUUUGCGAGAAAAAACGUAUGUGGGAUUGGAGGUGAUGCAGACAAUUACAUUGAUGGUAGUUACAAUCUAUUUGCAAUUUUAAAGUUGAUCUACCCCCUAAAAAAAUAAUAAUAUAUAAUAAUAUAUCCUUAUGAUGUCGUCAUCAGGACAGGAUUCCGUUUGUGGUUCCGGAGCGCGUUCCCUGGAAGCAGAUGUGCGUGACCCUGAACAGUAAGUUCAUGUCGGACGUCGGGACAGAGCGUUGCUUUGACAGCUACAACCAACACUUCCUGGCCCAGAAGAUCUUCGACAAGCCGGACAUAGCUGGAGACUACAGCAACAUGCUGGUGUCAUGGGCUCAGUUCAACAAGGUACAGACACACACACACAAGCACACCUGUCUUUAGGUAGGUCCUGUACACCCACCACCUCUAGGGUAACUCCAUAUGCCACAUGGCCUAGAUGCACUGUACUGCAUUUACCAGUGAAUAUGUUUGCUAGUAAAAUUGUGAACAGAACAGAGUGAGAUUUAUCAACCAGAAGGAUUGUGCAGACUGUCUUUUGUUGGUCAAUACCUCAGGAGAUGCUCCCCGGACGACCUUUCACCUUCUGGCAGUGGUUUGACGGUGUGAUAGAGCUUACCAAGAGGCACCUGAAGAGCUAUUGGAGCGAUGGGUGAGUCAUGUCUGCCAGUCAGAAUCAGAGCUAGGUUGUGUUCACUAGGCACCAAACGGAAGAAAACAGACUGAAACAGGGAAGGACUACACUUGUUUUUGUUUUUCAUGGAUAUUUUUUGUUGCUAUGGUGAGCUGAACUGCCCUAAUGAACUGUCUACCAGUGAGACAGAGCAGACCUGGGUUCAAAUAGUGUUUGAAAGUCUUGAGUGUCAGACCGACAGGGUUUGUACCUUUGGGACUAUUCCAUUGGUUCCAUCGCUCCAGACAAGCUCAAUCGAGCACAGUUAAAGUAUUUGAAAGAGUUCAUAUGUAGUCACAUAACAGAGACACACACACAGACAGAAAAAGGUGUGUCUUCCUUCCUCUAGGUUGAUAUUUGGUUUCAUCGGUAAGCAGCACCUCCACCUGAUCCUAAAGGACCGCCCUAAUGGAACCUUCCUACUGCGCUUCAGUGACUCUGAGAUAGGAGGCAUCACCAUCGCAUAUGUGGCUCCCUCCGAGAGUAAGUCUGCCACACACACACACACACACACACACACACACACACACACACAAUCAUAUAGCUAUCUUUUAUAGCAACUACAUCAUGUUAGCUAAAUUACAUGGUUAUCUUUGGAGAAAGGAGUACUAUAAUGGCUGCGUCCCAAAUGGCAACCUAUUUCCUUUAUAGUGCACUAGUGUCUAUUGUAUCAUACUCUGUUUUUCCAUUCUGACUUCUUGCCUCUGGUAUGGCAUGCUGGAUGCCAGAGACACAGAACUACAUAUUAGAACUCAUAUUCUAAUGAUUGUGGCCAGAGAUACAUUAUUUUCCCUAUUUACCUUCACCUGGUCAUCUCUCUCUAUUAUUCUUCUCUUCUCUUCUUAUAUCUCUAUCUCUAUCUCUCUCUAUCUUCUAUUCUCUCUGCUUCUCUAUCUUAUUCUCUCUGUAUUGGACCUCUCUAUUUCACUUCGUGAUCUCUCUCUCUCUCUAUCGCUUGAUUCUUCUAUCUCUGCCUCUCUCCUCCCUCUCUCUCUAUCUCUCUCUCUUUAUCUGCUCCUCUCCUCUCUUGCGCUAUAUCUUUUAUCUAUAUAUGCUCUAUCCUCUUAUGCUCUCUUAUCUCUUAUCUCUCUAUGCUAUAUCUCUCUGCUCCUUAAUAUUCCUCUCCUUUUCCUCUUCUCUGCUAUCUCUCUACUGUCUCUUGAUCUAUAUCUCUGUUUCUUCUCUGAUAUGAGCUUUAUGAAUAUCUCUCUCUGAUCUCUAUCUCUAUAUCUAUCUUCUGAUCUCUCUAAUUGUUGCUUAUAUCUCUAAUUCUCUCUCUCUCUCUGAUACUAUUCUUAUAUCUAUGCUCUCUGCUCAUAUCUCGUCUCAUCUGCUCUCUCUCGAUCAUCUCUCUCUCUGCUUCCUCUCUUAUGCUCCUCUCUCUCUCUAUUUGCUCCUCUCUCUCGAUUAUUUCGUCUCUCUCUCUCUCAUGCCCUUCUCUAUAUCUUCUCCUCUCUCUCUCUCCCUCCUCUCUCUCUGCUUCUCUCUCUCUCUAUCUAUCUUCUCUCCUGACUCCUCUAUCUCUCCUAUAGCUCUAUAUACCUAGCUCUCUCUCUCUCUCUCUCUCCUCUUCUGCCUCUCUAUUCUCUCUCUCAUAUGCUCCUCUACUCUCUGAUUCCUCUCUCCUCUCUAUCUGCUCCUCUCUCUCUCUCGUCUCUCCUCACUCUCUCUCUCUCUCGCUCCCUCCUCUCUCUGCUCCUCUAUUCUCUUGCUCCAUCUAUCUCUCUCUCUGCUCCUUCUCUUCUCUCUCUCUCCUUAUCCUCUCUCUCUCUCUCUCUCUCUCUGCUCCUCUCUCUCUCUCUCUGCUCCUCUCUCUCUCUCUCUCUCUCUCUCUGCUCCUCUUCCUCCCUCUCUCUUUCUAGACGGGGGCCAGAAGAUCCAGAAUAUUCAACCGGCUACCAAAAGAGACUUGGAGAUCCGUUCCCUUGGUAACCGUAUUCGAGACAUCGACUUUAUCACACACGUGUAUCCAGAUCUGCCAAAGAAUGAUGUGUUUCGAAGAUACUACACA